ACAGCAAGUGCGGUGCAGUGGACCUGACAGGAGCGGACUGUGCGCCGCCGUCGUGAAGAAACAUCGCUCAAAUGAAGGGACCUUUUCGGAUAACUAUCACAUAUCCUUCCGUUUGAUUACUUUUACUCAUCAAACGACACCCCCCUCAUUCUUCGAGGAUCGCACCUUCAGUGUGGGUCUUACAUUCGGAGGACUUGGCUGUUUUUCCUCCGGGAGGCUGAAUGGAAGCAGCAGCCGAGGGAGCGGUCGGGCUGUCGGAGGCCAGGGACGGGAGCCCGCUAUCCGUGGCCGCAGCAUCCGAUGAUGGGGACACGGUCGUCGGGGUUAGCUACGGGAUGGACGCCGGAGACAUGGGUACUUAAUCGUCUUUUUUAUAUACCGUACAAGACGUCUGAUGUGUGUGUGCCAUUAGUUGCUUCUACAUCCAUUUUCAGCCAAGUCUAUGAUUUUGCUUCUGUGGAGAGAAAGUCCCGACUCAUCUAAGCUAGCAAGGAUUUGGUAAGCUAGGCUAGAAGCUAACAUUAGAGUCGUUCAGAGCCAGGUAAAGUUAGGUGUUUUUACAGCAUGUGCAGUACAAUUGCACAUUUUUUCCACAUUCAUUCAGGCGCUGUCGUGACCAUCCUACAACACAAGAACAACAGACCAUGGCUGGCAAAUCAAUAGAUGUUUUGAUAGAGCUGUAUGUCAUUCAUGUGUGAACGAUACUGACAUAUAUUUGGUUAAACUUGGUUUCACAUUUUAAAACAGCUAGCAGGCUAUUCUCCCCUGAGGCAAAAAUAAGCCCACCUCCUCCUGGUUUUCCAAGCUGGAGGAAAUGAAUGCAGAGCUGAGACUACUGACUCUCCCACAGACUGUAGAAAAACACGAGUGUCACCCAUUCAUAUUCCUGUAAAGAAGCCAGAAACCCCUUGGUUUGGAUUCACCUCUCAGCAAGUCAUUGGUUUGAGCCUGAAAACCUUCAUUUGUGCACAGAGGAGAUCUGAUGGAAACAGACACAUCUUUCAUCACAUCUCAAAGACCGAGAUAUUGAACAGCGUAUUCUUAUUUGUCUGUGUUUGGUUUAAGUGUGUUCAAUUUCAGCAGACAGAAAUACAUUAAAUUGACUUGUUUUUAGUUGAUAUUUGGACUUCUUGUUGUUAGGGAACCACAAACGUCACAAUCCACAUGUAUAAAGGCUGCACAGUAUGUAGGAAAAUAAUCUCCCAUAGUUCUGUAUUUAUUAUCUUGCUAAAAUUAAUCAAUAAAAAUAUUUCAGGCCCUGAUAUGUAUCUCAAUAUUUUCAGCCCAAUACUAGUAUUGGCAGAUAAAAGCUUGAAAGUUAAUUCUUGGUAUGGGAAGAUUUGAAAAUGUCUCCUUAUAUUUAUGACUGAUGAGGGGCCAUAUUAAAUCAUGCACAUACACUGACAGCUUGCUUGUGCUAACAAGUUAGUGAUGGGCACGGCAGUUCUUUUAGAUGUACUGAAUCCCUAGAAUCAGUUCACUAAAAAGAUUUGUUCAAAAGAUUCGUUCACCAAAUCAUCGAAUCAUGUAGCAUUUGGCGAGCAAAGCCUGCGACUCCGACCUCCUGAACUAAAACACAGCUGAACGGUUCAGGAUUCAGUUCAAGUCAGAGCUUCUGGGACCGGGAGAGGAGAGUGUUUGACUGUGUUGCUUUGACAAACAGGUUUAUAAAAAUGAACGUGUUUAUAAGUCAUGAUGUUUUAAGUGUACUGUCCUAUGGUAUGCUAUUUAUCAGGUCUGCUCGGUAAAUUGGGCUCAGUGAGUGAUUCGUUCACUGAACGUUUAGAAGAAUGCACAGUUCCCUUGCAAACUGCCUCAACAUUAGGAUGCUGCAGGUUUAAAGCACUACUUGUUACAUGCUGUGUCCUAUUGUAUGCAAGUUGUUGUGGUGGCAAUUUAGCAGUUAAAAAAAAAAGCUAGUUUUAUCCAACAAAAAUUAUUCCAGAGAGUGUAGUUCAAUGUGUGAUUCGUUCUCCAAGUGAUUCAGGUGUCGGUGCAUGCGGUCCCUCGUUCGCCGGCUGCUCGACUGGCAAUGCUGUUUCUUACUUUAGCUCAACUGAAGUGAGAAAGGAACGAAUCACUUGAGGAAGUGAUUCGAUUCAGUAUGUUCACUUAAAAGAUUCGGUUCUUUUGAACAAAUUAUUCGCAAAUGACACAACACUACAACAAGUUUCAUUUAGGCAUGCACAAUAUUGGAUUUUUGCCAAUAUCUGCUGUGCAGCUAUUUUCAAACUCAUUUAGGUAGGCUUUGUUAGCUAUGCUGAUAAUGACACAUCUUUUUUUUUCAUCGUAAAGAACACCAUGUUGUCCCUGAACUAUGCUUAUUGUAUCUGCGUUAACACGACCAAGCUAACUGAUCAUCUCAAAAACAGCACCAUCAGUUUUUGAGAUGUAAGACAGGUAACUGUCAAGGCCAGCAAAAUCCCAUCAGCAGCCUCUUUUUAGUCAUUCAGCUAAGAUGUCACCAUCACCCAGAGAUACAGGAGCUGAACUAAAACUCAGAGACGGAAGGAUUAGUAAGGCUGAUUAUUGGUAUUUGGAUUAACUGGCGAGGGCUAAUGGCAGCACUCAUGGGGCUGAUUGUAAAGAUGAACAGUUAAUGUCUGCAGACAUUGCAGGUAGCUUUAUCGGUAUGGCUGAUUUUGAGCAAUAAAACACUAACGUUUAUCUAAAGUGUUUGAUAAAAAUUCUGUGAAGCUUUUUCCUGUGUGAUGUAUCAAUUAGAAUUUCCCCCAUAACAUGUUACUGACUUAGAUGAUCGAGUGAAUUAGGUUGUAACAUGAAUGUGACAAUGGGUGUUGUCUAUUAAAAGAUGUUUUUAUCAUAGGCAGGCCUAUGAUAAACCAGCCGAUGAUUACCUUGGCAUUGGUAUUAACAGUGGUUCUCAAGUCCAGUCCUCGAGGCCCACUGUCCUGCAUGUUUUGGAUGUUUCCCUGCUCCAACACACCUGAUUCAAAUGAUCAGCUCGUUAUUAAGCCAUUACAGAGCUUGAUAACGAGCUGAUCAUUUGAAUCAGGUGUGUUGGAGCAGGGAAACAUCCAAAACAUGCAGGACAGUGGGCCUUGAGGACUGGACUUGAGAACCACUGGGUAUUAAUAUCAGUAUCAGUAUUGGUCAAAAGGACAUUGGGAGUAUCAACAAAAAUCCAAUGUUGCGCAUCCCUAUAUGAUUUACAGUACGUCUUUUUGAGAUUUAGAGUUUGAUUUAAAAUGAUCUUAAUGAAUAAAUCAAAGCCAUUAAUGCUCUUUCUGUAAAGAAUAGUGAAGUCAUGAAUAUAUACAGUGACUCAUUGGGUUGCAGUCAGAGAAUUGAAAAGUGGACAUGGUGCAUAUACACAAUCUUCUUCAACCCAGGGAGAUUACAGACAUGGUUACAGAUGGUUGCUGUAAUUUAAAUGACACCAUGUCGUUUGAAUUGCGAUAUUAUGGUGAUAAAGCAUGCAUUAGUGUGGAUAUGUCCAUAAAUACAUGAAGGGGUGUCUGCAGCUAAAUGCCCAACAACAGUCCUGUCGAGCUGCAUUCACUGGAGGUGAUCAUUGUACAUCAAUGCCGGGGUUUUUCUCUUGUCUCUGGUUAGAAAAGUGCUGACUUUGACAAGAAUUCUGUGCUGCUACACUGAACAGGUGAAUGAAUCAAAGGGCUGUCUAGUGAGGGCGUCUUGACAAGCUUAGCUGGAGCAGAGGGUGAAAAUGGACGUUAGGUGCCUUUGGCUGACAAUGCUUUUCUUUCUCGCAUGCUCCCUGGCACGUGCCUCAUGUGUUGGGGGUAAUUUCACAAGUGUGUGCCUGCUCAGUCGGUGCACCCUCACAUGCGAUGGAAAACAGACCAUACUGAAGAGAGAGAGAGAGAGCAAGGCUUAUGUGUAUGAAUGAACAGCAUUAGACAGUCGCAGUAUUGAGGAUGCCUUCAUUCUGCCAAGUCUAUCCAGGUACACAGACAGUUUGCAUUCGCUCGUGAGAGGGGUUGAGAGAUCACCAAAAUACUACACAUAUGAGCAACACAGGACAAGUCUGGAUGUAAAUUACAGUGAGAUACUAGGGGUGGGAAGGAAAAUCAAUACAGCAUAGUAUCGCAAUAUUGUGUCUGGUGAUAUAUAUCGAUUGUCUCAUUUACCAAGUAUCGAUUUUUCAAAUCAAUCGCUAAUUUGAAAUCAAAUCUAUGAUAAUGGAAAAAAAUAAUAUCAGUUGUUUGUCCAGUGAGGUUGGCAGAGGUGACAUCAUAGAGCAGGAGAAAGUGAGUGCAACAAAUAUAUAUAUAUAUAUGUAAGGUUUGCAAGAUGUGCUACAUGAAAAUAAAAUACAGCGUAAAUAAGACAAACAUAAAGGAAAGACAAAUGCUAAAUGAGCUCAACAGUUGAAAAAAGUAUAUUUCCCAGUAUAUUGUAUUGCGAUACUCACUGUUAAAAAUGUAAAAAAUUGCAGUAAUAUUGUAUUGUGGCCCAAGUAUCGUGAUAAUAUCGUAUCUGGGGGCCACCAGUGAUUCCCACCCCUAUGAUAUACCGUCUGAUAUGAUGAAGGAAACAGUCAAAUCUGUAAAGUAUUUCAGCUCCUUUUUUUAGCUCACCUACAUCUGAAGCUCUGUUACCUCAUUCAGCCUCAGUUUAACUAAUCUCAGCAUUAGUUAGUUCAGUAAGUUGAGUUGUUUUUUAAUUUAACCAACUAAGACAAAACCUUAUCUCAUUACAGCCAUCAUUCGUGCAGCACUGUCCACAUACGCAUUUAAGCCAGCAUUGUAUGAGUGCUUAAGAAGUUAAUAGGGAAAAUAACAGCCCAGUCAAUAACUCUCGAGAAGUCGUCCCAUGACACCAGUAAUGCUUUGGAAACGGCUUGAUCAUAAAGAUAAUACAGUUUCGUUGAUUGUUUUUCACUUCAGAGAGAGAUGGGUGUUAGCCUUAACAUGUCAAAGUGCAAGUGAAAUGUGGUUUAUGGGUUGGUUAACAUCAGAUUUGCAUAUGUAAUUGAGGUCUGUUGUGUUAAGCGUGACUGCUGCUGAUGUGUGGAUACAACCUCACGUGGGUGUCACAGCUGGCUGUUCAAAAGCUGCCUGAUCAUUUAGUUCCAUUCAGCGCCCCUCAUCUGCAGUCAGUCAUAAUUCAUAUUUAUAGUCUUCUGCCAGCAUGACAGCAGUAAUGUCACUUAUCUUCUCCACACAUACUAGCCGAAAUCCUCUCACCUUUAACCUUGGCUGUAUGUAGCCCCUCUCUCUCCUCUUCUCCUGAGGGAACAACAACUUAACUCAUCUCCUCCUCUGGUAGUGAUUCCCCUGACUCAACCGCUCAUUUGUCACUAUCUAUCCACCAACACCCCCCACUCCCUCUAUGUCAUCCUCUGUUCUUCCCUUCAGGCUUUCAGGCGACACCUGACAGAAGCGCUGACGGAAGCACAAAAGGUGGUUGCCUCCUGUGAAAUUUAUCUCCUCUUUGCUUCCUCCUUAUUUCACCUGCAAGGUCUCACUUUUUCUCCGAUUGGCCUAUUCACGGUGCGUCAUGUGUGGAAGUUUGACCUUCUGCCAAGUUAUUCGAUGUCAUACAACGAUGACGCAGUUUAGUUACGUCUUACAUGCUGCUGAUUUUCUCUGCUAGUGGGGGAUGUGUGCUGCAGCAGCUAUUUUAAACAGACUCCACCAUCACCACAGUGAGGCAGGAGCGUCGGGUUUGCUGCUGUCCGUCCUUGUGCUCACCCGGGGUUUCUCCUUCUCAUAAUGAUGGCUGCAGUCAAAAUGAGUGAGUGAAUAGAGGAGGCGAACACAAACACAGACAGGGAGAAGAUACUGGUAGUCCAUACUGUGUUUUUAUCUGUUGUGGUGACUUUGCAGUUGUAAAAGGUUAAACGUGUCACAUGGCUGCAGUGUCACACUGCCCUGGCUUCCCUCAGAGGGGAAGUUAGGCAAAGACCUGCUGUUUUCAAUUAAGUGUCACCGUACCCACUGUGUAGCCUAUUAUUAUUUCAUAAUGAGCACCUGGAGUAUGAGCACUGCCAGACAGGAGCACUAAGCUGUCAUACCUAUCUGAACCACCCACAUAAAAUUACUGCAAAUUACUUUCUACCAAGGAAAUGUUCAAGUGGUGCCUGCCUGGGGCUGUGGUAAUUGCAUCUGUUCUGGUUUCUGUGAUGGUCUUCUCCAUCCUUCCCGCCACAGUUGAUUUCAGUGCAUUACAUUUUAUAAGACGACACUUCUCUGAACAGACUCACAACAUCCACAGUGAUGCAAGGGUGAACAUGCGAGGAUGAUUUCAGGACAUUAUCAUCAGAAAAUUUACCAAACAGACAGAAGCCCAUGCUGUAAAAAUAGAAAACAAUUCAGUGUUGUGGACAGCACCCAGAGCUUCACUUCCUCUUCUUUUGUUUACCCUUAGUGUUAUUUUUACCAUUAAACCUUUUGAGUUUUAAAGACACGAAUCUUGGUAAUUGUUUAAUCAAAGCACAGGCGACAACUCUGAUGAACUAUUUUUCAGGAUCAUUGACUAUAACCCAGAAUUUGAGGAUUUCAAGUAAAAUUGAGGAUGUGGCAUUUUUCUGUGGCUUCUUGGUUCUUUAAUAUUAUCAAUAGUUUAGCUUUUUGAUGUAUUGGUUUGAAAACUGCAGAACUUCCUCUUCUUUAAGAUAUGUUGUGGGAUUCUGCUUUAUUUGGUAUGACAGGACAGCGGAUGGAAACAAAACAGGGAGAGAGAGAGAAAGCAGGAAAAAUCACGGGGGCCUAACCUCUGUUUAUGGAGCCCAAUUAGACCGCUAGAAAUUUCAAACAUUUUCUUUGGGUUCUUGAAAAUUGUUUUCAUACUUUAUGGAUGAAAUUGGCAAUAAAAUUAACUCAUACAUUCAUGCAUUUAUCUGGGGAAAUAUUACCCCAGCCAGUUUCACUAACUUAUUAUGAGUGUUUGCAGCUGUAUCUUUUAAGAACGGAUGGUUUUACAUUCAAAUGAUUACAGUCUCCUCCAUUAGAAAGUGCAUGAAUAAUGCUGUGGAAACGUCAAUAUUCUGCAUCAGUGAAAGUGUUUGUCUCAAAGCUCUGCAGGCUGGUUUCUUUUUCAGCUCCUUUCAGACACGCACAAAGCUCCUCUGAUUUUUCAUAUUCUAUUACAUCCAUCCUAAAGAAUGACAGAAAAGCAAAACUUGCCUUGAUAGACCGUUGUCCUCUUUUUAUUAUUACUCCCAUAGGUGCACUAUCCCAUAUAACAUUGUUCUGGGCUGUCAGAGAAAUAGUCAGUUUUUGAGCUGAUGGUCUGGUUUGCUUUUAAAGAUAAUCAGAGGUAUCAGAAUCAGUUUCAGUCUGUUUCUCAACCAGUCAAAAACUCCUCACAGUGCCUUUUAAAUCAUUAUCGGCCAUCAUUAUGAUAAAUAAAAUUGUUUUUAUCUAAUAAUGCAAUACAAAUGAGUAAAUGAAAUCACCAAGAAGAACUUGAAAUCAACAUUAUAUAUUGGCCAUCAGCUGAUCUGCUCUCCGAUUGUAGGUAUUGGCAUCAGUGGUUUAAAAAAACAGUAGAGGUCAACCACAAGUUUUUGUCCUUCUUAUGAAAGUCUUAAACCAGCGUAUACUCUGUAUCAUGAGUAGAUUUAUCUCUUUAUGUGGUAUUUGGAAGCACAGUUGAAGAGGAAAUGCCGACAUUUCAGUGAUCGGUGCCUUAGAAAUUAAGUGCAAACUUCUGCUGUUCUGCUUACUGUAAACAUUUUUCAACACAAUCCAAUGAAAAAAUGCGGUUAUUCUUCCCUGCUUACAUCUAUAAUUAUGACCCUUAAUGUCCUUUUAGUUUUUAGGACCACAGCAAUCAGAUUGUAAAAUGUCUUACUCCCAAAUCCCUGGAGUUCAUAAUGACUGGUUUUUGUUGUCCUGUAAGAUGAAAACGUUUUUUUUUUACUCUUCUAACGGUAUCUGCACAAACAGCUUUCUCUUACCUCCAUGUUCCCACAUCCUGCAAACAGCCACAAGAAAAGGCUACUCUUUCAUUUCAGCUUUUCAGCUUUGAGGCAGGCCAGCAGCUGUGGGCCCCGCUGUGAGCUGCAUUGUAUUCCACAAAAGACCAAGGCUGCUGUCUUUCUGUCAGUCUGUCAGUCAGUCUGUGUGGGUAUACAGUAGCUGUCAAAAGCAUAUGCUUUAAUAUCACAGGUGUGGAAGUCUCACUCAUAGGCACCAGAGAUAGAGGCAGUUUUCAGUUGGGGAAGUGAAUAGUUUUAGAGUCCAACCUACAUUUGUCAUUAUUUUUAUGAUGAUUAUGACUAUUGUUAUUGUUUCCAAGUGUUUUGUGUGAGGUCCAAGCCAGGACUUAAAAAUGUAAAAGUCUGACAGCUUAUUCUCCACCCCACUCUUGGUGGCUGUUCUCAUACAUACAGUAGGUGAACAUACUCAUCCUGAGUUUUCUUUUGUCUCUUCAUGCAUUAGGGAUCCUGAUCCUGAUAUUCAUGGAGAAUUCUCACCAUGAAUUUGCAGCCAUUUGGCGAUCUUUGCAGAUUGUCCAGGAGAAAAUGUCUAAAUCUGGAUACUAGUUAAUUUUCAGACCAAUCACAGGGUUACAUUGUAGGCCAUGACACAGGAUCACAAACCAGGCUUAAGGUCCUCGAACCUGCAUUAUUUCAAUACAAGCGUUCACAUCAGCAUCGCUUUGCCGUCUUGCCAUAUUGUCAGAUUCACCGGUGUUGUUUUCGUUGAAGAUGAUGUUGACGAAAAUAUCUCGGCAUCGUCAACAAAAACAACACUGCAGAAUAUAUGUUUAGCGUUUGACUGACAAAAUGCUCAUGAAUUUUGCAACUCUGUUCGUCUCGUCAACGUAAACGCACAUUCGUCUCGUCACAUUUCAGUCAUCUAAGACUUAUGUUUACCUCGUCAACAUCACAUCUUCAUCGUGGAAAAAAUGGGCGUUGACGAAAUAUCUUUGUCAACGAAAACAUCACUGAUUCACCGGUAUAUCCAACAUGGCCGACCGGCUGAUAGUUUACAUGUUCGAGAACAGAGUGCUUUUUGAUAAAAGACACAAACAUUACAAAGAUAACAACUUGUAGAGAGUCAUAGCGUCGGAUCUCUCAUAUGACGAUGGUUUGUGUGCUUUAACAGUUUGCUCAACGUCUUUGUUUUAACUUUCAUCUGUGCUAAGUAACUUUAGCUCGUAAGCUAACCAUAUGUAUUUUCACUGUCUCAAACUCAAUCGUGUUGCUGUCACAGCAUCAUUAGGUCUCGGUUGUUACCUUUCAUUUAUGGAUUAGUACAUGCUAUCAUGACAGACAGCCAUCUCAACACUAGGGUCUAGUCACAACUGAAAAACAGUCAGUCUGGUGUUGUGUCAGUCUUCUUGCUUCCACCUGGGACGCAUCCCCUUUUAUUCAGGGUGUGAGUUUCAGCUCUGCAGAAAGGCCCAGGUGUCAAAGUAAAUCAUCAGGAAAUGUUGAUUUUUUUUUUUCUGUACGUCGAAGUCCAGCAGCUGUGUCCCUCUUUAUUGUUAGAGCAGAUUUCACCCCUCUGAAUCACCCGUGGCAGAGGUUGCUGCUCUCAGCACUAACAACACAGGAGUCACCUGAUCACCUCUGUGUUUAUUUGUUUUUCCACCUCACACGCACGACUCCUCUCCUCUUUUUCUGAAACCGUGACUGCCUUUUGAGGAUCAGACAGGAUCACUAAGCUUCGUUCCGAUCUGGGAGCUCAGUAAUGAAAAACAUACCGAAAUUGCAUAACAGUCAGAUCACAUGUGUGUUUUCUGAGUGAGUGUGUGUGUGUGUGUAUUUCAUUUUGCCACAAGGACUGAGCUCUAUUUAGCUUUGCCCAGAGAACAGGGUGCUGCUACUCAGGCCUGCCAGUCUCUAGAGCAGCAGCAAGACCUCCCAGAGGGAAUUCAGUCUUGACAUAUUAUUCCAGGAGUCAAAUAAAACAUUCCCACUGGCAUGUGAACAGAAAUGAAUAUAAAAAUAUUUUUAAUAUCAAAACAAAAAUGAAAUCAGCUCCUCUCCUGAUGUGAAUUUGUACCGACUGGGUCUACAUGCUGACUCACACUGUGGGUAGGCAUCAUGUUCCCACAGUCUGGAGUUGAGUUAUUGACUUGUGUGUGUGUGUGUGUGUGUGUGUGUGUGUGUGUAUGUGUGUGUGUGUGUGUGUGUGUCUGCCAUGUGUAAAACCUGCUACUAUCACUAUGCUGUUCAUUAUCUUCUGUCAGGAUUUGGCCAGAGCAGCUAGACGUCUUUUCAAUAAUGACACCUCACACUGAAUCUCCUCACUUUAAAUUUCCAUUUCAAAGUCGGCUGAGCUUUCAGGCUGCUCCAGAGAAAAAUUAGACUUUCAUAUCCACCUGGUCCAUUAGUCAGGUCUAUGGUGUGAAAAGAAGAUGUAACUGUCUCAGCCUUUAUUUAACAGCAGUGAGGUUUCAACUCUGAUCAUUGACUGCUGUUCGCGAGAACCAGGACUGUAAUUUGAGAUACUCUUCAUCUUCUCUAUGUUACUUUGAAUGACAAAUGGAUAGUUUUGGAUGGUAAAGGUAGAUGGUAGGCCAUUUUAAAGGGAUAUUCUGGUGUAAAAUUAAUUUAGGGUCAAACACACUGUAACACCUAGUUAGAAACUCCGUAGAGAGAUGAAUGUUGCCGACCGCUUGCUUCUCUACUACUUCUCUACCAACUUUAGUAAUGACCGCACGAUAGCAAUACAGAGAGUCACGCGCUCAACCAAAAAGCCACUCUACAGCCACACCUAACUUCAUCAACAGUACAUAUAGGGUCCCAGUCAUGGCACUAGCCACCAAACAUCUUUUUAGCUUUGCCUGAUUUCUUUAGCAAAAAGACUAAACACAACUCACCCACUCUCUUCUAGCAGCCACUUGUUUGUACUGAGACCUCGGGCCAGUCCAUUACCGAGUGCAGAGGAGUUUCGCAGCUCAAGGAAGAACAUUUAUGAUUAUUUCUUCAUGGAAAUGCAAUAAGACUGAGACACUCAGGCAGAAGAACUACCGCGUCUGCAGUGCAAAAUGAUUAAUAUGGUGAUUAUUACUUCAAGGAAAUGAUAAAGUAAUGAUUCUAAAUGUUCUUUCUUGAGCUUGUCAACUUUUUCACCGGCAGGGGAGUGGAUAAUUUUUAAUUUGAUAACUAAAAAACAACUUCCUCUAGCACUCACCCUUGUCCAUCAGUUUUUCAAAGAAAGAAGAAGAUGCAGAGGAAGAUCAUACUCUAGAAAAACAGACACAUGGUAUCCUGACUUCCACCUGUCCUUGUUUUGGGGCCAUCUUAUCCUGAUAAUCCAGACAGUCGGUCUAGUGACCUGCGGAUAAUAGGAUUGGGAUUACAGAUAGUGAAGUAAUAGUGACUGUGAUUUAGUUGGCUAUGUGUUUAGGCUUCUGUCUGCUGUUGCAAUAUGUGCCACCCUCCACCUCAUUCACAAGCACUCGGAGUUGUGUUUAAAAACGCUGAUUUCCUGCGGACUCAUUCUCAGAGUAGCCUUUGCAUUGGUCAUCUACAGGCGAAUGUUGAAGGUGGAACAGGAGGCUGAGCUAUGUGUGCACAUUCCCAGGAGGAUUGUGAUUAACAAUGAGAGCAAUGUCUGUGGAUAUCUUUGUGUUUGGACAAAAUGGGCCAUUUAAGGAUGUUAGGUUGUGCUAGAGGCAUUUUUCCAAUAUUUGAGACACUAAAAAAGGAAGCAACGGAUCAUCUCUAAUCAAAGACUUGCUGGUAGCCGUAGACUAAUUCCCAGAGUCUCCCUUCGUCAGCACAGGUUCUUAUCUUUGUAGGCAGCAGUUGUUUGUCUAGAUGCUCCUGUGUUGUGCAUUGCUUAUCAUCUGACUCCAAGCUAAAUGUCUCUUAGGGAUGCUUUUUGGAGUCAUCCCCUGCCAGGAAGCUUUUUAUUAAGCCUGUCUGCUUGCUUGAUGCCACUGAUCGUAAUGGAUGACUUGGCUUCAUGAAAAGCCGUCCUCUCUGGCCCCAGGAUCCCCUGAAUAUAUAAAAUGUAUGAUCUGCACUGACAGCAGAGGACAGAGCAGCUUUCCCCCCUCUGAGGACAUCGCUGUGUUUAGUAAAUCAGAGGAAUACUGAGUGGAAAUGGUUUUGUAGAUGUGUGCCAUGGUCCCACUUUGCCAGCCUGAGAAGUGUUUACAAGAAUCGGUAUGUGCUUGCUACUGUGGGCCGGCCUCACUGUGUUUACACUUGGGAUGUCCCGAUCCGAUAUUGAUAUUGGAUAUCAGUCUGAUAUCAGCAAAAAAAAAAAAAGAAUAUCAGAUGAUGUUGGCCUGCAUCUGAAAUCUUCGAUAUCAGCACUCCGAUACAAGCAGUCCAUUCCAGACUCCGCUCCAGCAUCUCUAUCAAGCUGUGCCCGGAUCUAGCAUGGAGAGCCCAUGUGAUCACAACAACGGUGUGUACUAAGGUAUCAACAAAGUAGCCCGUUUUACAAAUAUUAUUUAUUUAUUUAUUUAUUAUUAUUAUUAUUUUUAUGCUGACAUUAUUGUGAAUCUCUAAUAUUUAGGUCCCUGUGACAUCUGUCCUUCCAUCUCAAACACACAGAGUCAAUAUUGAUUGAAGGACCAAGUCACUCCAGUGCUGUGCCAGCAUUGGAGGUGGUGAUAGAUACAUAACAGGGGCAAGACAGCAGUGAUGUAUCAUGUUGGCAGGGGGUACAGCCAGCGCUGUUUAUAUGCAUGAGUCUAUGUGUGUAAGUGUGUUUUGUUGACACAUUGUGCCUCAUGCCUCUGCAGCGCUGUAGCAUCAUGUAAAAUCACACAAUGGAACAGCAUUAUUACACUGCUGCUAUGUCUUGCUGUUGUUGAAUUGCAAUGUACAGGGCUGCUGUUUGGAUUGGAAACAGUAACAUGUAAAUAGGGCUGCUCGAUUAAGGCAAAAAUCAUAUAAACAAUGCAAUUCGAUGCAAUGACGGUGAAAACUCCAGCCUAUAUUUUGUUGUCUUUCUGCUUUUUGGCCACACACAGACAUGCACUUCAUCCAGCCUGCUCCUGCUCCUCUCCCUGCUCUCCUCCCUCCACCUGUGGCUGUGCGAUUGUUUGUUUGCAGCAUUUUCAUGCAACCGAUUUUUAAUUCGGAAUUCAUCCGUGUUCCAGUAUUCUCUUUGUUACUCAAAGGACUGAUGAAGGAUUAUUUUAUUGUUUUCUUCUUAUUUUCAUCAGUAUCCAAAUGUGUUCACUUAUUUACUCUGAAAACAGUGAACUGCCAUCUCACUUGCUGCUUCUCCAUUUCUUACCAGAGCGUGGACCAUCCAUUCUUGUGAAAUAAACAGUGUGAAAACGCCUUGUCACAACAGUAAAACAAAGAGUGUUCAUUGUCAAAAAUAAAAGGUCUGAGUAUGCCAGAAAACAACACCUGCACCCACAACAGAGAGAGACGGGGAGAUCAUUAUAUGUGCUUGUUAUGUAAACAUCCUAUCUUGGAGAUUGACUCAUAAAUGUAGUGUCCAUUCAGAUGUUCCCAAAUAGGUCUUUCUAACCUCAGUUUUUCCAUUCUGGGCUGUGUUCGGAGACAGAGGAGGAGGACCACACUGCCUGACUGACCGACUGGUAUGCUCCUGGAAAAAUAAACAGCCUGGUUUUGCUGAGAUUAGGGGCUCAGGACUGGAAUGGUCUGCUGAUGACACUGAUUUAGGAUCAGUUUUUCUUCUCUCAGCCUAACCAGCAGCAUUCAAUGUUGCAUAAUCCUCUGGUGUGAGGGUAACUUGGGCUGAGGUUAAACAUAAAUUAACAUAGUCUAUAAAAGGAGAUCCUCUGGGUGGAUCUGUCUCUGUCUCUCUCUCUCUCUCUCUCUCUCUCCCUGUGUUCAGCAUCCCGGACCACAGACAUCAAACGCCUCUCUCCAAACACUCGUCUCCUCCUCACUUUGUGUUAAAGAUCAUUUUACAGUCCCUCAGCACAGCAGCCAGUCCUGUCACAUGAUAUGCUCGUAAUUGAUCUCAUUACACACUGAGUACGCUGUCGUCUUGAUUUUCUUGCUUCUGAAAAUUGGAGGGACUCCCUUCACGUAUAGGUCAGCUCAGAUGCACUUUAAUACAGCAACCAUGUACUGUUUAAGUUUGGUGUACAAAAAUGAACAGUCCAUUGAUUCUGGGUGAACUAUCACUUAGCCUCUGCCAAUACAACAAACAGUCCUCUCAACGACUGCCUCUUACUUAGCUCAUCCUCUGGGAGACCCGGCAUUGAUCCAAUCUGGGUUAGACACAGCUGUCAAUAAACAUAGCAAAGAUGUCUACACUUUGUGAUCUUAACAAGUAAAACACACUGAAGCCAUAAUUUUUUGUAGGUCUGUCUUGUUGCUGGGUUCUAUUGAUAUGUUAUCUCUCAUUAUUUAUUGGAUCUGUUUUUCAUCUGUCUGUUAUGAUGUCUGAGAAACUGAAGAAUGAAAAUGCCCCGAUUAAGACAAAGUUCAUGUAUUGAUUUGCUUCAUUUUGGUUUCAGUGAAAACAAAAAAUGUAAAUGUUAUAAGUCUAACUAUAUAACAGGUCUGUCUAACUAUGUGGGGCUCCUUCCUUAUCUUAUGGGACUGAGUGUUACUUGAAGAAGUUAACACUGACAAACAUGAACAGACAUGCUAACACGUAUGCCCAGUGUUUGGAUGUUUUACUAAGAAAAAAUCAGACAUAUCCAAUAUUCAUACUGAGGCUAAUAAUAAUCUGUAAUACACACAAAAUCAACCAACAGUUUUCCAUCACUUUUUGUAGUGCAGAGCGUGUUAGAGUGUGGAAUGCAUUCCCCAUUGUCAAUAAAUGAGCAGUAAUUAUCAGCCAAGACACCGUGAACUUUCUCUCUCUCUCUGUCUUUCUUACUUUGUCUGUCUGUCUUUCUUUUUGUCUUUCUUCCUAACUUUCUUUUUCUUUUUUCUUUGUUUCUUUUUCUUUUCUCUUUUUCUUUCUUUCUUUUUUCUUUCUUUCUUUCUUUUUUCUUUUAUUUAUUUCUUUUUUCUUUGUUUCUUUUCUUUUUUCUUUUCUUUCUUUCUUUUUUCUUUAUUUCUUUCUUUUUCUUUUUUCUUUCUUUCUUUCUUUCUUUCUUUCUUUCUUUUCCUUUUUUUCUUUUUUCUUAGUUUCUUUCUUUCUUUUUUCUUUCUUUUUUUCUUUUUUCUUUCUUUAUUUCUUUCUUUUUUUCUUUCUUUUUAUUUCUUUUUUUUAUUUGUUGAUUUUUUUCUUUUUUCUUAGUUUAUUUCUUUCUUUCUGUCUGUCUUUCUUCCUUCCAAUCUUUUUUUUCUGUGUUUAUUUCUUUAUUUUUUCUUUGUUUCUUUCUUCCUUCCUUUUUUCUUCCUUCCUUCCUUCCUGUAUAUAAGUGACUGCCGCAUCUCUGCGUAUCUUUUCAUCAAACAUGACCCUUCUUCUUCCUCCUCGUCUUCGUUAUCUUGCUGUCAUCUUCUUGGCAGAUGAACAUCCAUCCAUGUUUUCCUCAUUCAUGUCAUAAGGCCUGCUGUAAGGAGUCAUGAGACAGUGAGUUAGUGAAUCAAAUUGGCUGGGAAAUCACUUUAUAGUGUCAUAAUAUUGAAUCUAAGUAUUGAUGUAUGGUGCCAGUAAUUGUGUCACAGAAAUCAGGAUGAUGAUGAUACAUAGUUAAAUCAAUAUUUUUCCUAACCUUAAUGAACAGGUAGACUAUAAAGUGUGCUUUUUAUCAAUGUGGUACUGUAUUUUGUAAAGCCGUGUUGCUGUGCUGAAGCCCUAUUUCACAGCAACGUGAAAGGACAUGUGGAAGAAGGCAGCAUCUGUCUGUUGAUUCCAGGCACGUGAGUUAGUGAUAAAAAUGCUGGUUGACCUCAAUUGAGGCGCCAUGGUAACAAGAGGGUGAUAGAGCGCGUGUGCCCAAGUGUUCAUGCGUGUAUUUGUGUGCUGUAUGGAAUAUCAACAUCGUAGGGACCUUUUUAAAUGCAUUUUCUGCUCAAGUCCAGCCCCAGUACAAUCCUAGACAUAUAUAUACCAAAUAUAAUCCUUGGUUAUAUAUGGUGAAGGAGUUUUUAAGUUUAUCUGAUAUAUUAAUGAGUGAUUUUCUUUUAUUUUACUUUUUAUUUGGUGAGAGUGUUAUCACAAAAGUUAACGCAAUUUGAAUCUCUUAAAACAAGUUCUCCCCUAGUCUCCUAAAUGCCUGUGAAUACAAAGAAGUAAGCCACCUGACCUGUUUGUUAUCACUCAGUCCUGUAGACAGCUAUCAGUCUAAGAUCUAACAUCUAUACAUAGGACUUUCCCCAAUAUAAUAUACACUACGAUGCACUACUAGACAUUAUGAAUAUUUAUCUUUGAUGGAUUGGAUUUGAAUACUCCAGGGUUUUGCUGUUUUCCUUUGUGUCAAAGCCUAAAAUAGUUCAGUGCAGUGCAGGAUAACUGGAGGGGGUGCUUACAGUUUCUCUCCACUUUAAACAGAUAAUAUUCAGCCUGAUAAACUGAGAUUUCAAUGGAAAUUAAAGUUGGCUUCAGCUUAGAAAGAGCUGCUUUUUUUGCUGAAUCUGUUUGUUGCACUUCUUUUGCUACUGUGGUGCGUGUUGUGUUUGAACUUAUUGAACUUAUUUUUUUGUAGCAGCUCAACCUUAUUUUUCCACUCCUGUCUUUGUUUUAUAUUAUUAAAUAAAAUCAAAGGAAAUCACAUUGAAUUGAAUCAUAGAUAUUGCUAAGUUUUGAUAUGAUCUUGUACAUGAAACCAUCCGCCGUUAUACAUCUGAGUAUAAUGCCACUGGUGGCAUUAUGCCAUCUCAAGUGUGUGAUUUGUCUCUGAGGUCAUGCAGUGAUGUGGGUGAACUGUUUUAUAUGAAUCGGCAACAGCGAGGGCUUACGCUGUGGGAAGCACUCUCUCGUCAUGAAUGGGUCAAAAGUGGUUUGAUCAUUGUACAGAUCCAGAGUCAGAUAAGUGGUUUGUGCGUGAAAGUGACAUAAAUAAGCUUGUCUCCCUGCAGCCCCCAUGGCUAUCAGCAGCUGGUAAUGGACCACUCUCUUUAGGGUGGUAAGGGUGGGCUGUAAAACCAACAAAUAGCAGCCCGGCUUGGCAACAGUCUCAGUGGGGAACCAUUUAUUUGAAUGGCUCUGUUUGUUGUUCCAUCCCUGAAGUGCUCUGCUGCCUGCUGCUGCUGCUGAUGCUGCAGGAUGUUAGUAUAGGACCUGUUUUAUCAUUUUCCGAAAGGGUCUUUACAUAGUCAGGGAUGCAGAAAAAUACUCUCUCUAUAUAUAUAUAUAUAAAGGUAGAUUUAUAUUUCUGGAAAUGUAUUAUCACAUACUAUAAAAGUGUAACAUAAAUAUAAAUAGGAAAUACAAUGAAUAUAUGUAGCCAGUUAAAGAAUAAGGUGAUUUGUUAAUGCCUUGCUCUUUAUUUACUUUAAGUUCUACUUUUCCACCUUCCAUCCUUAAGAAAUUUGUGAGUGUUGAGUAUAUCAGGGAUAUAAUGAGUUCUAUAAGCACUCUGCAGCAUGUUUAAUCCUGUCAGGCACACUCCUAUAACUCCUUUACCUCCUUGACUGCUCUACAGUGUACUCUCAUUAUCUCAUGUCUCCUUAUUUCUGUGGCACUGUCACUCUUACUCCAUAGAAAUAACACCAGUGCUUCAUGGUUUUGUCACUUGCACUCACACUUGCUUGCAUGUAAUCACACUUGAAUGAUAUAACUUCUCAGGUCGGCAUAAAUAGAAUCGGCUAAGAGUGAAAAGCAGCUCUGUGUGGCUCGUAUCAGAGCCUUAUCACACAUCUUGUCAAUUCAGGACUGUCCUCGCCCUCAUGGUUUAACUUAUUUAUAGUAAUAGUGAUCGUGUCUGUGUUUUAUUUAACACCGGAGAAGACAGAAUUGAAAAAUUAUGAUAAAUCAAAGACUCAUAUGUAGGGCUGGGUGAUAAACCGAAAAUUUACAGAUACCAAAAUUUAUGACAAUAAUCAACAACAUUUUGCCCAUGUCAGUAUAUUCGGUGUCAAAUAAAUAAAGAAAGAAAAGUUUGUUUUGGAUGUGUGUAGGUAGGCUAUGGUCUCAUGUCCCUUUAAGAUGCUGUUCUGCAUCGGAGAUGUUACUCCACCCCAUCCUGUCCGUAACAAAGAGGGAAAGACAGGUGAGGAGAUGGAGGAUGAUUCUAAAGUUGUAGCGGCUGAAGUAGACAAAGUUAAUGUGGAGUAGUUAUCGUCCAUUUAUCAUUACCGAGUUGAACUGCUCAAUAUAUCGUGAUAUUGAUUUGAGGCCAUAUCGCCCAGCCCUAGCACAAGGUCUUGUAUGUUCCACAAAAGAGUCUGCAAAUUAACAUGACAUCUGAGACAAAUUUCCGUGGUUUAAACCUUGUCAUUUUCUUUCAUGCAAAGCUCUCCUCUCUCUAAUAUUUGGAGGGGAUUAUGACAGCAUAUCCAUAAAGUUUAGGUCUAUUAGCAUUUGCAGCUUAUUCCAUUAAAGCAAGCAUCCAUUGUGUGAGUCUCAUUUGGUUAAAUUGCUGUGGUGGUUUUGUUCACUCAAGUGGAGCAGGGAGAGAAGCACAUGCUCGGACACAAACACUCUUGACUGAUUCACCGCGCGCACUCUGUGCUGUGUCUUCAAACCAGUGGUGUCAGCCAACAGCCACACGCUUGCUCUCCUCACACAUACCUACACAGACAGGCGUGCACACGCUGAAGGCAGGUGAAUGCAUGCAGAAAGGAAGAAGUGUGGCUGUAAGCUGCAGCAUAAUACAUGACACACACACACACAUGCUCACAGACAGACGAAUUCACAGGAAAGGAAGAGGUAUUUAUUCUAAAGGAGCUGUACUAUUAACAUGCCCUCACAUGCCUGUAGUCAGGGACACAAAUAAAUAGUCCAGCAUGGUAAAAAAAAAAAAACAGGAGAGCCACCUCUUUAAUUAUCUGCAUUGCGAGCAUUCCUCCACCAGCAGGUUUUUUUCCCUCAGUUUUGAUUCCCUGGAUGUUCCAGCUCGCAGGGAACGUUGCUGGGAUUGCAUUGGCACGCUUUGGCUUGCUCAUCCUAAUGCAAAUGUGUGUGUGUGCAACAGAGGGAGAGAGACAGAGCAGGAGGAGGGGUGGCAAACAAGCUAUUCUGUGGUUCAGUCACAUGGGCAUCCACGAGAAGUAGGCAGGCAGAUAGGAGCACAGAGACAGAGAGGCAGACUAUCAGUUCAGCUGCACAUACAGAGUCAAGCUGUGGAGAUGUUAUCCCACUCCUGAGCGACACCGGGUUUCACUGGUUAGCUGCUUGUGUCACAGAUGGUGAGGGGAGAUGAUUUGUUUUAUACAGUUUGGACCUACACAGUUGUCCAUCCUCUCCUCUCCUGUCAGCCAUAUUUGGCUUGUUUUAAAAGUAAAUGUGUCCAGGUUGAUCCUCUAAACAAACAUGAGAGUCUGUCUAAAGAUGUUCUGACAGUUCUGGGGAUAUAUACGUAUAUGAAGUAUAUACACUAUAACCAUAAACACAUUUUUUUUGUAGGUAUUGUACUAGCUGUCCAGGGCCCAGGUAUUGUACUUGCUGGCUCAAAAGCACUGUUUCCUGAUGGUUUAAUGAAGCCAUAAUUAUCGCUCUUUGGUUUCUUUGUGCUUUUCCUGCCCUGUCAAGAUAAAAUUGUACAGCAUCAGACAAUAGACCCUUUUUACUGCACUCUAUUUGGCAUGUCAGCGCAAGAAAAGUAGAGGUGUAUCAAAUUACAAGACUGAUGUCUGUUAUGAAAAAUGCCCGCACCUAACAGCAGCCUGUCUUUUUUCCUGACUGAGUAAAAAAGAAAACCCAUUUCUCAUUAUUGAGGUUCAUGUUUUAAAAACAGAUAUAACUGUCUCCCAGUAUGUUGGAGCAGACUGGGAAACCAACAUUUAGUAUAAGGAUUGGUGAUGGAUAGUGGUGGGAGAAAAAAUCGAUAGAGCAUCGUAUCGCGAUAUUUUGUUUGGUGAUAUAUCGUAUCGUCUCAUCUACUAAGUAUCGAUUUUUCAAAUUAAUUGCUAAUAUAUAGUUAAAUCUAUGAUAGCGGAAAAAUAAAUCAACUGUUUGUCCAGUGAGGUUGGCAGAGGUGACAUCAAAGAGCAGGAGAAGGUAGUACAACAAACAUAUAAAGUUUGCAAGAUGUGCUACAUGAAAAUAAAAUGCAACAUAAAUAAGACAAACAUAAAGGAACGCUAAAUGCUACAUUAUUAAAUCGCAAUAUAUUGUAUCGCAAUACUCACCGUAUUGCAAAAUGUUAAAAAUCGCAAUAAUAUCAUAUCAUAGCCCAAGUAUCGUGAUACUAUCGUAUCGUAGAGCCACUGGUGAUUCCCACCCCUAGUGAUGGAGUGGGUGUGGGUGCAUUAUUGAUGGAAGAGAUAAUUUGAAAAUUAAGAAAAAAAUGGUCCAAAAAAGAAAAAUAAUAAAAAUGAACAUCCUGUUAGUGAAGCUUGUGUCCCGUCCAAAGCCCGAGAUAUUUGUGCGAAUUAAUCAAAGGAGUCAAACGAUGUUUUUGUGCUGUUGUAAACAUUUCUCAAAUUCUCUAUAAUGUUGCCAUCUGGGCAGCUGAGCGCGGUUGUGGUUCAGUAGAUAAGAGAGAUGGAAUUAAUCAGCGCUGGUUUUGUUCUGUCUGAGCCCUUGUCUCAUCCCCUCCUCUACUCUUUCAUUUGCUCAUUUUGUGCUCUCUCUCUCUCUAUCCUGCUCUCAUGAGCCAUCUCUCCAUUAUUACGUUCGGUGUUAUACAUCUAUAAUUAUGCAUCUAUUUCAGGCCUUCCUGGUGAAAACAGUCCACUGAUUGCCUAGCUCUACUGCUAACAUCCUGUUAUUAGACUGAAAUUGUUAUCACAGGCUGUAAGACUGCAGCGCUCCAGAGGUUUGUUAGUUUUCCAUAUGUCAUGUUUGCUGUUCACAUGCUGGAGUUUUGUAAAAGAGGAGAACAGAUUUGUGAAGUUGAGUUAAAUUCCCAAAUGAGUGGAGGGGAAACAGUCGAGUUGUAAAUGAGUCUUUUCCCAGCUGAUGUGAUUAGGUACUGUUGUUGUUCAGAGGAGGGGCUGUUGUGUCUUACAUGCAGGCUGCUAACAUUUAAAAAUCAAUUUAAAAAGGGAAAGCAGAAAGGGAAGUCUUAAUACGGGCAAGGUUCGUUUAAUUUAGUGGUGAAUGAUCAGCAUUGGCCCACCGAUGGGCCAGUGUUUGCUGAGCAAGCAUCUAGCGCUAUUCUCAGCAGUGUCCAAUUACAGCUUGCACAGAGAAGCAUAUGACAUGUUGUUUUUCUACAUGCUAACCAUGUGUUUUUGGUUCUGUAUUGGCUUUUAACUCAGAAGAAAACAGUCAUGUAGAGCAGGGGAGAGCAAGUGUUUACGAGCAAGUGUGAGGGUUUGGACCCAGAUGAUACGAGCACCUUCACUCUGAACAACCUGGUAGGGCUGGGCGAUAUGGCCUCAAAUCAGUAUCAUGAUAUAUUGAACAGUUCACCUCAAUAACGAUAAAUGGAUGAUAACUACUCCACAAGCUGCUCACCCCCUCCCACAUUAACUUUGUCUGCUUCAGCCUCUACAACUUUUGAGAUGUCCUCCAUCUCCUCACCUGUCUUUCCCUCUUUGUUAUGGACUGGAUGGGGUGGAGUCACGUCUCUGAUGUAGGACAGUGUCUUAAAGGGACAUGAGACCAUAGCCUACCUACACACAUCCAAAACCAACUUUGGUGUAUUUAUUUAUUUGACACCGAAUAUACCGAUAUAGGCAAAAUGUUGUCGGUUAUUGUCGUAAAUUUUGGUAUCUGUAAAUUUUUGGUUUAUCACCCAGCCCUACAACCUGAUGUGGUUUGAUCAAAACUAACUAAUUGAUUGCUGACAGGGCUGUAUCAAAAGUGAAGGGUUUAUCUUAAAUAUAUUCACUUUAUUUAGUUGCAUAAAUACAUCAAAAUGUAAACCUAACAGUGGCACAAGAGGAGAACUCAGGUUAUCUAUCCCAGUUGGCAGUAUUCCUAGUGAGGUUUUCAUGGCUGUCAGUAAAACUAUUUUAAUGUAAUAUAUUGUAGACCACAGUGGAAGGAAAAACUGACCUUCAGACAGCCGGUUACCACCUCCAGAGCCAUGCUGCUAGCACGGCUAAAAAAAAUGUAAACACAAGAGGGUCUUUCUUUGCCCUUGUUGCUGACAUGUUUAUUUUUUACUGCGGCCCCUCUGGCUGACAGUCUCCCUGUUUGACACUGUUAUUACAUAAUGGUAGACUGCUGGGUCCCCUCUUUGGGAUUCAUCUUUGUCGCACGAAGCUCUAAUGAUGCUGAGUAAUGGAGCCUCUCUGUCUCAGAGUGACUAACAACCAUCUCUGACUCUGUUUUUUUCCUCUCUUUGUUUUUCCCUCUCAGAUGCUGCUGCAAAGAAAGCCUUCAUCACAGAGGUGAGCUGCCAUCUGUCCCUGUGAUCAUGUUCUCCAUCCUGCUGUUCUUUGAUCUGUCUUUUUAUCCCAUUGAUAACUAUUAGUACUUUAGAUUCAACCUGACUCUCCUGAAACCUCUACAAGGGUUUGAUCAGAGGGUGUAGUUAGGGUGCAGUUAAUAUUUCAUGACAGCCUCCCUCUUUUGUUUCAGUCGGACUAUCACAACAGUCGGUCGAGUCAACAGAAUAGCAGAAAAAGUUACCAUGCAGUAUUUAUUUGAGUAUUUAAACUGAAUUAAAAUAUUUAGAAAUCACUCGGGUAUUCUUCGUGUCUGCCAGUGUACUUUGUAUUCAUUAUCUUAAUCUUCCUCAUUUGGUAAAUCCCAUCCAUCUGGCACAGCAGCUACUGUGUGUGUGUGUUGAAGCAAACAUUUAGAAGUGAUGUUGAAUUAGUUUCAUUUGUAUCUGUUAAGAACAUUUAAUUCCACUUAAAUGACAAAUUAAACCCAAAAGCUCAGUGAACCUGACCAGAAAACCAUGUUGAGCUCUUGGAUCUUAAGCAGUCCUCACAGCUUUAAACACUGAGAAAACCAAAGCGGGUUAGAUUACCGACUGUGCGACUGGACCUCUUUAAGGUAAAGGGAUAUAAGAUGAGAAGAUGAGAAGCUUCACUGCUUAAAGAUUCAGAGGAGAAUGAAGUUUGCAUUUUGCUUUAGAGUAAAUACUUUGUCCUCUCAAUGAAAGUCAUCUGUUUGCCUGAUGUGAUAGUUUGAUAGCGGACCUUUACAACUCCACUGGCUGUGAUAUUUAAAUAAGCUAUUCUGCAGAGCAGGUGCACAUCCGCCUGUCCCCGUAAUGCAAUUCUCUCUCAAUCUCUCUCCCCAGAUGCCCUCAUCUUCAGGCCAGCCUGGUCAGGGGAAGAAAAUCGGCCACAGAGGGGUGGAUGCUUCAGGGGAAACGACUUACAAGAAGGUAGUUGAGGCAGCCAACGCCUCUUUGUUUUUGUUUUUAAAUUUGCACAAGAAUAAAAUGCAUAUUAUCCAGGUGCACAUCAUGUUUGCAUUUUAAAAACGUGGAACGGUAAACCCUGAUGAAUUGUUUUGUCUUUAAGAUGGCCUUUCAUUGUGACUGUUGGAAAGGCAGUAUUUCUCUCAUGUGUCCUCCUCUGUCCCCUGUCCCUUAUCCUUCUCUCUGCAGACCACAUCCUCGGCCUUGAAAGGUGCCAUUCAGCUGGGCAUUGGAUACACGGUCGGCAACUUGAGCUCAAAGCCUGAGAGAGACGUGUUGAUGCAAGACUUCUAUGUGGUGGAAAGCAUCUUUUUCCCCAGGUUUGCAGUUCUUUUUCAAUCAUGUACAUGUACGUUGGAUAUGGGUAAUACAUGUUAAUUUAUGCAGAUACUGCGGAUAUUCAGUGCGUUCACAUGUUGAGCCAAAACUACACAUACAGCUCCAUUAGGCAGUUUAUUGGACUGCUGACCUUGUCAUAGACAUAACAUACAUAGACGCCUUAUUCCGUGCUGGAGUGUAAUCCAGCAUAACCGCCAUUUGAAUUUCCCUCUGGGAUUAAUAAAGUAUCUAUCUAUCUAUAUUGGACGGGUCUCCUCCUGCUCGGCUUACAAUAGAGCCAACCUGAGUCAACGGAGAACAAGCAACUAUGCCUGUAUUUUGUGUACUCUACUGUUGCAAAAACCAGCGCAGUUUUGAAACCAGAUUGCGUAGGAUAACCGUAUAAACAUAUAGUCUUUAUAUUUAAUGUGUGACAGCGUCCAGUACCAUAAUUACAUCUCAGCCAUUUGUAACAAACCAAACCGUGUGAAAACUGGAUAAAAAUUUUGGCGCUUGGGGGACCCAACCAAGAUGGUGGCCAAGUUUAUAAGUCAGCUCUGAUAGACAGCGUCAGUCUAUGAGGCAUCUACGUAUAUUAUGUCUAUGGGCCUUGUUCCAGCAUACAAACACCAGCAAGAAUGAUGGCCUCUACUACAGUAGGUGGCGAUAUAGUUAUUAGUGAUAACUAGUUGGUGGACUUGUUAUGUCAUUUACUCUGACAGUCCCUAACAAGUCAGAAAAAGGAGUAGUUAUGUAUCAGACAGUGAAAACAAAUAAAACCAGUUUGAGUCAGACCAACACAACAGAUCUUCUUAAAUCCCAUGUAAACAUACUAAGUCACACCGCCUGAUUGUUCUGAUGUUCAAUGGAGAAAAUAUGAAUUUGUGGACUAUUAUCUCAUCUUUCAUGUCCUGAAUUUUUCUUACUACAGUGAAGGCAGCAACCUCACUCCAGCCCACCAUUUCCCCGACUUCCGGUUUAAAACAUAUGCUCCUGUGGCCUUCCGGUACUUCAGAGAACUGUUUGGCAUCAGGCCAGACGACUACCUGGUAAGGAUUUAUCCAUUAUGUGUUUGACUUUAAUUAGUGUGUCUGAUUAAAUAUUGAUCCUUUACACUUCGGUGUUAAACAUGGAAAUCUGCGGAUUAGCUUGAUUUAGAACAGAAAAAGUAGAAAUGUAAGUACAAAGAAGUAAGGGUAAAGAGCACAAAGAAGAAAUGAGCAAAGAUAUUUGAGGACAAAAAAGGAAUAAAUACAGAUCAGGUCUGUGCAAAAACAAACGGAAAAACUCAUGAAAUGGCAUAAGGGAGGAGAAGAGGGGAGGAAAGAAGAUGGUUGAGAAGAGAGACGGUCUGCAGCUUGUCACUCCACAUCAGCGAGAGGACCUAGAGGCUGUAUGAUUCACUGCUCUGCUCAUAUUCCGUAUAUUCGGCUAAAGCAGUCUCGAGCUUAGUCAGUGUUUCUGCGUGUUACAUGUGCACAUAUUCUAAAACGCAUCCAUCACUCCCAGGCUUGUUCUGCCAUCUCUUCCAGUCUGUGGUCAGCCAUCUUUGUCAUUUGUCAGAUUUGCAUUUUAUUUGUAGUGUUGUAGAGCAGUCACUGUUCAUGAAAGUCCACAACACAAACCAGACUAACAUGAAUGUAAACUAACCUUUUUUAAGGAAAAGCCUUUUGAAAACCAAAUUUCUAAAUGAUAAGAAAACAAUUUUAAUUGAUAAUCACAAAACAGAUCAUUUCAAUCUUUGAAGUAUAAUUAUUAUUUUUCAUUUCCUAUAAUUAAGUUUUCACAGCUGAAUGAAAUUAAAAUAGGUUUAUGUGGGUAAAUGAAGCACCGGAGUAAUGUGAUUAAACUGUAAUGAUGAAACUGAACACAGUCUGUUGGAUGGAGGAUGGUUUUAGUCAUGGUCAUACCUUCCUGUUCUUCAGUAACAUUUUAGGAUAGUCCUUAAAUGUUUGUGUGUAAAAAAAAACAACACUAAAUUGUAGCUCUGCUCUGAGAUCUGCUAAAAACAUAAAAAAAGCAAAUACAGUCUGUCAAAUCUUGGGAUGACCCAGCAGUGAACCUGGUUUAGCAGUACCUCACAUAUCAAGGCUUACCACAGCAGCCCCUGAUCAGACCCUCUGCAGUUUUAAUCCCACCUCUCUACACCCUGCUUUUUCUUUUUACUUUAAGCUGUCUCAGUGCAGUCAAGUAAGAAUACUAAUUUUAUUUUUACAAUAUUGAAACUCAACUGAAAUAAUUGAGCUGCUUAAAACAACAGCCUACAUUCAGGGUUUCUUGCUGGUGAAACCAGGUGUCUUUAAAGGCCUCUGACCAAGACUUUCUUUUUGUUUGCAUUACCUUUAUUUACAGCCGGACUGGCGAUAUGUACUUUAACACUGCACCCUGAGAAGGUGUAAUACUGGUGUCCCAGUGUGCCAUUGCACAUUGCAUUAUGUUGUUGUGGAAGUGCAAGAUGCAUACACAGCAGGAGCUCCACACACACACUCUCAGAUGCUAUACAUUGUCACCUUCCUCCCCCCAUUGCGUCUUUCUUACUCCCUCUGAGGGGUCAGAGGUGGAAUGACUUUGCCCCACCGUUACGCCUCUGUGCAUUACAGACUGCAGAUGAGGCGUAACAGGGGUGUCAAUGUCCUGCCGCAAAAUGGCAGUUUGUAAGCUCCCACGACACCAAGUUAAUCAAUUUGAUUCUUUUUUUUUUUCAAAUAGCUGCAGAUUAAUUAUCUCCAGAAUAAGUCAGCUGCUAUUAUGUGAGUGAAUUCAGAAAUCUUCUUUGCAGUGGCAGCUCAAACAGAGAGGACUUUGAGGAGAAGCAAAUGUACAGUAGUUGUACAACAAAACUCCUCAAAGUAGGCCUCAUGGUUAUUAUUGUGUCAGGAGUUCAGAGCACUUUCAUUGCACAGAAACAAGGUCUUCUGCCUUACAUCUCCUUCUCCACCCUAUCACCUUCACGGUCAUUUAAUCAAAUCUAUUCAGUGACUUUUGCUCAACUCUCUUUCCUGUUGUGGAGAUACUAAAAACAUCUUUUCACAUGCUGCUUUGUGAGUGCUGCCAUUUUCAGUCAGGCAAUAUUUCCAAGAGUUUCUAUGAGGUAAAAAGCCUGAAAUUAAAUGUCAGGCUACCCAGAGAGGUAUGAAAAGUGAGCCAUUAACAGAAGGUAGGUGGUGGCAGCUUCACAAUCAACAAUGAUGUCUAUCAGCACUUGCUUUUAAGCUGCCAAGUUAGGGGAUAAAGCUUAGGCUCUCAUCUUACAAAUGGUUGUUAGAUAUGUGUAUGAACAAACCUAGAAAUGAAAAGGAGGUAUUAAUUUGCAGCUACAUGAGUCUGUUUUUGUUUACCUGAAACAUGAACUGCUUUUUUUGUUGUCUUUAUCUACAGCAGACACUUAUUUUCUACUCUCAUCCCUUCAGUAACUCUCUUCAUGGUCCUCAUAUGGAAGACGAGAACGACCAUGGAUUUUUCAUUUUUUUCAUGCUAUUUUUUUUCAUUUCAUUCAACUGCUAUCUCGUAAUAACAACUUAUCUUGUUAUCUCAAUAUAUUUAAAAAUGUGUUUUCUUGUGAUAACGAUUUUUUUUCUUUGUUAUCUCAACAUUACAAAGAUUUUCCUGUGAUGACGGAAAUGGGAAAUGGAAAUAUUAAAUUACGUUUAAAACCGCCCUGCAGAGCGGGAUAUUUCUGAAACGCCGCAGCCACCGUUGUCAACAGCAAGCCGUAAUGGAAACGCUGUAGUCACACUCCACUUCGCUUAUGCGCAUUACACUUUCAACGUGGGAACAUUUAACCACCAUGCGUGAAUCAGACAACAACAGUUACAAUGUCGACACAUUAUUAAUCGAGCUGUUAUCACGAGAAAACGAUCUUUGUUAUGUCGAGAUGAGAUGAUAAGUGGUUAUCAGGAGAUAACAGUGAAACCCAUGGCUGUUCUCAUCUUCCGUACUUUCAUAUAUUUGCAUGCCUUUUUAUUAUCACCAUUGUUAGGCUGCUGUGAAGUACCCAUCCACAUAUCUUGAUCCAUUAGAGUUGUGGUUUUAUUUUUAUUGAAGAGAAGUGCCAGCAAUCAUCCAAAUGUGUUUACGGGUUUUUUGAAAAAAAAAAAAAAAGUUUCAUUAAAUCAAAGCAGACGAGGGUUUUGUGAUUAAGUUCAAGUAUUUUCUUGUUGCUCUCCAGUUGCUUUCCUGAUGACAGUCACGCUGUACCCCGCAAGCAUUUUGCUUCUUUUUUGACUGAAAAUUAGACUGCAGAUAUGUGAAGAGAGAACAUUACGGCCAUGAUAGACUCUCUUCUGAUUAUACAUAAUCACCCGGUUCUAACAGUAACUAAGCUUUCAUUGCUUUUCUUUGUUUUCCUCAUGGCUAAACGACAGUGUGCAAACAUCCAGUUAGCAGCAUUUUCCUCCCAGCUAAUGCCCAAGCUCACGGUCACCUCAUAUCAUAUAUCGCUGGAAAGAAUACCUAUGAACUAUCUUGUCAUUGAAAUUUUAUUUGAUUUUAUCCGUCUGAUGUAAGACUGAUAGUAAAAGAAAUGUAAUGUGUAAUAAAUGUAUGUGUGUUAAAAAGGAGAUAAUGAUAAAGCUACUCUGUCUGUAAAAGUGGUGAAUUUGUGAGAUAAUUGAAUAUUGACUCUCAUAUCAGUGUUGUUAUCGUCUAAUCUUCAAGCUAUAAAAUGAGAUUUGCACAAUUGUCAGUUUGCUCAAUGUUCGUUAAGUAUAUAGAAGCAUUUCUCAACUGAUUGUGUGAUUGUGUGUGUUUUUGUGCCUCUCUGUGUGUACCUGCAGUAUUCUCUAUGUAACGAGCCGCUGAUCGAGCUGUCCAAUCCAGGGGCGAGCGGCUCUGUCUUCUACCUAACAAAGGACGAUGAGUUCAUCAUCAAGACUGUGAUGCACAAGGAGGCCGAGUUCUUACAAAAACUGCUGCCAGGAUACUACAUGGUACGUGUGUGUGUGCGUGUGUGUGUGUGAUAUAACCACAACUCAGAGUGUUGUGGGAAAGGAAACAGAACUGGGAAGCGAGUUUGUCCUCCUACUCUUCUGUCUGUGAGCUGCAUAUGCAGAUAGUCAGUCAGACGCAGAUUCUCUCACACUGUACAGAAGGAGGAGAAGCCCGUCGGUGUGAAUGUAUCACUGCACACAUGCAUCACUCACACUCACUCGGAUUUAAAUGCCAGCCUCCCUGAUGUUCUUAUUAAAGUCAUAUUUUUAGAUCUCAUGUUUAUGUAAGACCCCAGAUAUUUCUCCUCUGAGCGUGACGACCAUUUUUUUUAUAAAACAGACAUAACAGUUCUGUGAUCUCUGACUGAGACCUCAGGCCAUGAGGUUUCAUAAGACCGGCCGCUGUGUUUCACCAGUGCCCCCCCCUCUCUCCCUCCUGCUGUAGGCUCAUCGUGAAUGAACUCAACCAGCAACAGCUCCAUGUAUGUCCAUGCUAACUACUCUAGCCCCCAAAGGUUCACGGCCCCCAGCCUUGUGUUUAUUCAUGUGGUGACAGCCGUGGCCAAAAGACCACUGUAGGAAUUCAUUUAAUCAUUUGGCGACGUUAAAGGCUCAGCACAUUAACUGUGACCUUUACAGUGUUUUGGUUGUGCUCUGAAGCAUUUUGCAGGUAUGAUUAGUCUGAGAAGUUGGAUAAAGGAAGGCAGAGUCAGGCUCGUGUGAGUCAGCUGUAGCAAGAGAUAGGGUGAGGGAAACAGACACAGUCGCACAAAUCCUUUAUAGUAAGUGGAUGCAAGUUUUAUAAGAAUGAUGUCUCACAAAAUAUGUCUAAAAAAGUUAUCUAUUAUUUACAUAGGAGUUAGAAAGCCUGAUGGCUGUUGGUACAAAAGAUCUUCUGAAUCUUUCUGUCCUGCAGCGAAGAGAGAGGAGCCGUCCACCACCAUUGGCCCUUUGGUCCAUCAAGGUGUUGUGAAGUGGGUGAUCCAUGUUCUUUAGAAUAGUCUCCACCUUCCUCAGUGUAGAUCUCUCCACCACAUCCUUGAGUCCAACCACAGAGCCAGCCUUUCUCACCAGUUUGUCAAGACGUCUUGCAUCUUUGUGUUUGAUGCUUCCUCCCCAGCAGACUGCAGCGUAGAACAAAACACUGUAGACACCACAGACUGAUAAAACACCUUCAGUGUCUUACUACAGAUGUCUGUUGAUUGGAGUCUUCUCAGGCAAAAGAGGCGGCUCUGCCCCUUUCUGUAGAUGAAGUCUAUAUUCUUAGACCAGCCCAACUUAUUAUCCAACCACUUCGAUGUCCACUCCAUAGGUGUUCACUGGCUGAAGAGGGGGUUUGGAUCUACAGAAGUCUAUGACCAUCUCCUUUGUCUUUGAGGUGUUGAGGAGGAGGCAGUUUUGUGACUCCAGUCACUGAAGGCUCUUAUCAGAUCUCUGUAUUCAGCUUCUUGUCCAUUUCUGAUACAUGCCUCGAUAGCGGUGUCAGCUGAGUAUUUCUGGAUGUGGCAGGACUCAGUGCUGUAUUUGAAGUCUGACGUAUACAGUGUGAACAGGAAUGGCGCCAGCACUGUCCCCUGUGGAGCCCCUGUACUGCUCAUUAAUGUCCCAGAAACACAGUUCCCCAGCCUGACUAACGGUGGCCUUCCUGUCAGGUAAUCUGUGAUCCAGGAAACACAGGAAGGAUCCACUCCCAUCUCUGUGAGCUUGUCUUUGAGUUUGGUGGGUUGGAUGGUGUUGAAUGCAAUAAAAAUUUGAAGAACAUAAGAAACACCAGGUUCCUCCAGAUGAGACAGGAACCUGGAGUUUAUGUGAGGAUGUGGAAUAUAUGGAAUAUAGGAAAAGUAUGCAGUGUAGGAUUAAACAUUGGAAUAAUGAUUUAAAGUGCGGUAAAUAAAGCGACAUCAGAGAGUAAUCCCUCUUCCUGCCUGCUGUGCGUGUGUGUCUGCUCCACCCUUUGUCACAACCACUACACCACAAACUGUUCUUGUUUAUAGGUCAACAAGUCCUGGCGUUUUGUUCGGUCCUUUAACCGUCUCAUAAAGAUGCGAGCGUUACAUCUGUGUCUGUUUAAGAUCAACCGAGAGCAAAGGAGAGAGAGAGAGACAGCAACGUCACCUGGUCCUCAUAUAUUUACUCUCAGUCUUUAUCUAUGUAUUGCUGACAGGAAAGUUGACAUCCACUUGGUUUUGAGGAAAAUCUCAUCUGAUUUCCCCUUCACCACUGUCACAGUUCUGAUAAAUAUUGGCCUGUUUGCUGUGACUUUUCCUCUGUACCAGGACGUAUUGUACAGGUUUGAUACUGGAAUUAAAAUGUGCGAUUUUGGAUGUUAAAAUCUCUGGUGACAUGACAGCUCUACAUAAAAAAAAAGAGAUGCUCGUAACAAAAUUUCAGAAAAGCACAGAGCUCAGCCAAAUGUGUUUUGAGCUGUAGAUCUGUAUUUGUGGCAGACAGCAUGCAGGCAGUCAUUGGUUUAGCCCUUCACGUCUUCCACAGCUGACUGGCUGAUGCUAGUGGGCUGGCUAAGGAGUCUGGCUCUGGGCAGCAUACAGAUCAGAGUGAUGUAACCGACUCCACUGUUGCCACUUCACUCCACUCUGUGUAUUAGCACCUCUAAUAUACGCCCGGUCUUUCCCUCUUUAGUCACGUUUUUAAAGUCGUAUCACUCUCCUCGCUGCGAUGACACUCUCACUGUUAUUUAUUUUUGCUUUAUCUCCAGCUCUGCUACGUGCUUUAAUCCAGUCUUUCCACAGCCUGUCUUCUCUGCUCAUAUUUACUCUCCAUCCCUCUCUCCUCUCCCUCCUCUCCCUCACGUGUCUGUGUUGUUGGCUCGUCACCGCUCUGCCCUCUUAACAUUGACAGAAGGGUUGUGUGUGGCUGAGGGCAGAGGAUGCUCUUUCUCUCUCUCUCUCUCUCUCUCUCUCUCUCUCUCUCUCUCUCUCUUUUUUCUUUCACCCCCAUUAGUUUCUGAAGGUCAUUACAAGAGUGUAGAGCCUUUUUUUUACCCACGCUCUUAUAUCUGUCCUCAUCUCCGCACUCUGUUCAGUUUUCUUUUUCCUCUUUAGGUCAUUUGUUUUCCUGGAUUCUGGGUGUUAUCUCUGUAUGGAUCACAGCUCUCUCUCUCUCUCUCUCUCUCUCUCUCUCUCUCUCCCUCUCUCUUUAUCGUCCCUCUCAUUUUUCUAAUGGGACCGUGUUGGCCCAGUUCCCAAGGUCAACAAGGUUUUUAACUGAGCACCCACACAACUAACCUCAUUUGUGAGGAUUGGCUGUCAAAGCCUUCAGCACAGAUUGGUGUUUGACAGGAGUGUCUCAGAUUGAUCAAACAAAGCCGUCAUCUAAAAUCUAUGGAGUAGGUUUCUACCAUAGUAUAGGGUCAGUAUGUGUACCACAGUACAGUAGAGUACUUUUUGAAACAUUUGUUGGAUUUUUUAAUCUUUAUUUAAAUGCUUUUAGCAGAAAAUUGUUUGUUUGAGAAGAGAAAGAUUGAAAGAUAAUGUUUCACUUUCUGCCAUUAUCAUUACUCUAGACAUUCAUCCCUGCAGAGAGUCAGAGUUUUUUAGUUGUGUAUAUCCACUUCAUUCCUGAGGGAGCUACUGUAUUUACGAUUCUGGGUGAAACCAACGGUGCUAUAAUGGAAAUAGAAUUAAAUUUGUUUGUCGUAGUGGCUAAUCUCAGUGACUGAACAUUGUUGGCGGUUGUCUCGAAUCUAAAAUACCUCACUCUAUCUUGUUUUCAAUGUAUGCUUCGUUUUUAUCGAGUGUUACAUAUUUGUAAAUGUAUUGUUUUUACAUAGUUGUGGUAGGUGUUACGCUGCCCGCGGUUGUACUAACAACCAGACGAAAACAAAUUUAUGGUUUGAGGAGCAGUACUUUGAACAUGCACCUAAAAUAAAGAGGAAGUGUUCUUGUGACUUUCAAUACAAUUUCCAUCAUCUGCCCUCCGACAACAAAACAAAACAAUCAGGCGGAAAAACCUAAACCUGAAGAAUCAACCAAAGACUGUGUAUGUCUGUUUGUUUAUUUCGUCGAUAUAAAGCUGACUGAUGAAAACCCAUAAACCAAUCGAUCAGACUUUAUUUAUAAAGCACUUUUCAUACAACAAUGAUGCAAUGCAAAGUGCUUGAAGCAAGGACGUUUAUACAAAGAGAUCUCCGUACACACUUCUUAUCCAUAUAUGUAGCUAAACAAGAGCUGUGAAAAAGUACCAAUACUCAUAAUAAUAAUAACAAAAACAAUAACAAUAAUAAUAAUAAUAAUAAUAAUAAUAAUAAUAAUAAUAAAUUCAAAACAAAUAAAACUGAAGAAACUGAUAUAAGAAAUAAGCAAACUGAGAAAACACAUUAGAAACAUAAUAAUAAUAAUAAUAAUAAUAUGAUAAUAACAAUAAAGCCUCAGAUUUUAUGUAGCGCUUUUUAUCAGAGCUUUGUAUGAGAGAAUUGCCCAUUAAAAAAAAAAAAGGAAAAAAAAAAAACUGUUACAGUGAUAAAAAAUGUUCUUAUUAAAUAAUUUUGUGUAUCUAAAAGCAGGGAAAAUCUGCCAAAACACUAACAUACAUACCUUCCACAGUAUUGCAACUGCAUGACUGCAGGAUCACCCUGAUCCAGAUUCUGUCAUUGAGCUGCUUUCAGAUGGCAACCUAAUAUGGUGACCGCCAUCUUUAGGCUUCAUCAUGUCUCUUCAAACCGUCAUUGAAACUCAUUAUUUUUAGGUGCUCUAUAUCAGGAAAUUUGAUCGGUGUUGUCUUUGCAUUUGCGUCAUGUUUUUCAGUGAAUUCAGACGACACUUGUGUAACUGUAGACACAAUCUCAAGCACACUGACAUGAGCCGAUUCGCAGCACACUGAAAGUUGUACCGUGACUCAUGAACUGCUGCAGCAUGCCCUAAAUUGGAAUGAUUGAAUAAGUUGGAUGUCAUCUUUUAUUUCCUCCAGAACUUGAACCAGAACCCUCGCACUUUGCUGCCCAAGUUUUACGGCCUGUACUGUGUGCAGUCGGGUGGGAAGAACAUCCGCGUGGUGGUGAUGAACAACGUCCUCCCUCGUGCGGUUCGCAUGCACCUCAAAUACGACCUGAAGGGCUCCACCUACAAGAGGCGAGCAUCCAAGAAGGAGAGAGAGAAAGCCCGACCAACUUUCAAAGACCUGGACUUCAUGCAAGAUCUGCAGGAUGGACUGAUGCUGGACCAAGACACAUACAACGCUCUGGUCAAGACUCUACAGAGGGACUGCCUGGUGAGAUGGAUCUAUUACAGUUGCUGAACUUAAACAUCUACAUGGUGUUUGUUUGUUUUAUGAUGCACUGCCCCCAAGAAUGAAAUCAGAAGGAGGGAAAACCAGGGGGAAGGGGGGUCCACAUAAAACCCUGAUCCAGAGUCUCCAGAGGCCCCAGAAAGAGAGGGGCAGUAAUAACUGGAGGAAAGGUAGAAGAAUAAAUAAAGCACUGCCAAACAGAAAAAAAAGACUCCAGGGGAAGGAUGCAGAGAACGAGUCUUCGAGAUUAAAAAGUCCACAUAAGGAAAUGAAAAAGAGUUGGAAAACACUGCAUGUUAUGGUGUCCUGGUUAAUAAUAGAGGAACGGGGAUGGUGGGAGGUAGGAGUGAAGGAGGUAGAGAGAGAAAAGCUAUUUAUGAGAGUGUUUGGCAUUCCCAGGAUCCCUCAUAAAUUAAAGGUUUGUUACGAGUGAGAGGUUUAACAAGGUGUCUGGCCUGGUAGAAGGCCUAUUCUUGGCUUGUAAAUCACCACCUCACGUUUACUUUUAUGGUUCUUGUGCCUGGAAGGGAGUGUAUGUGCAUGCACUGGCUAUCUAUACAUUUUUUAUAACCGUGUGCAUGCUUGUGCAUCAAUUCGCACAGCUCAUCUUUUAGCCAGAAUUUCAAUCAAUGGUUGAUGUUUCUUCUGACGUAAACCAUUUUGGAUAAAAGCUUCUAUGAAGAAUGUUUCUACAUGUUUUGGUCAAUCACUUCACACUCUCACCUGUCUCUGUGUGUCCUUUCCUCAGGUGCUGGAAAGCUUCAAGAUCAUGGACUACAGUCUGCUGCUCGGGGUUCAUAACAUGGACCAGGCGGAGAGGGAGAGGCAGAUGGAGGGCUCACAGGGUGGGAGUGAUGAGAAGAGGCCCGUGGCCCAGCAGAAGGCCCUGUACUCCACAGCCAUGGAGUCCAUCCUGGGAGGAGCUGCCUGCGGAGGGUCCAUCGACACUGACAACACGUGAGUUUAGCCAGAGACAGCAGAGGCUGACGGCGAACGAGCUGGGUGAUAGAUGUGUGACUGCUGGCACAUGGACAGAGUGCCUGGAGGACAUUUAAUUCCCUAGUGGGUUAUAAAUUAGCAAUGAUUCACUUUUAUUUAAUAGCACUUCUUCAGCUGCUAUUCAAUGUGUCGACAAAAAGCUAUUUCAGACUUGUGUGUAUUUUUCCACUUUUUCUAAUACUUUCACACUUUUAUCUGGAGCUUGAUAUGCUUCAACACCAAGCAGAACAUUUUAACAAGAUUUGAGUUAGCUAAAGGAAAAGGAAAAGGAAGGAAUGAAGAGGGAAAGUAUUGAUUGUUUAUAACACAAGUUUUUUUGUGCUUCAUAUUUAAGGAUGGGAGGUAUUCCAGCUGUGAAUGGACGAGGAGAGAGACUUCUGCUUUUCAUUGGAAUCAUCGACAUCCUGCAGUCCUACAGGUGAUCAUCACUUCAAGACUUAUGUCCCCUGAUUAAAUCUCAUUCAAGUCUCACUGACUGCAGAUUAAAUUCACAUAACUCUUUGUACAUACACCUUCAUGCACGGUCCCCAGCAUAUAAGCAUGUUGCUUACUUCUGCAAAUGAUCCCAACAUGUAUGACACAUUUGACAUCAUUGAGAUAAACUGGGCUUUACUUUGUGUCCCCAGGCUAAUCAAGAAACUGGAGCACACAUGGAAGGCUCUGGUUCAUGAUGGGGUGAGCUCUUAAUGGUUUUCUCUAUUUUUAACAAGAGACACAGCCAAUAGAUGUAGGAACCUAUAUUUAUAUAUUAAGGAUAUUAUACACAUGUACAGUAUCUCAACAAAAACCCCACCCUGUUCUACAUGAAUAUUUUCUAUCUGUUUUCUCUCUUUAUUUUUUAUCCUCACUGCCUUUCAACCUGUAGACUUAAAACUGUUGAUUUCAUCCUGGCCAAGUAGCUUUACCCUGUCCUUAAAUCACAGUCACUGAAAGCACAGCAGGUUUUUCUCCAAUCACAGCUACAGCCCAGCAGUCUUAAAAGGAACUGAAGUUUUUAAAAAGCUGUAUAUAUAACCAAUAAAACCUGUCAUUGUCGUAAAGGAUAACAUUAUUUUUUUAUUUUUUUAUGAAGUGAUGCAAAACAGAACAUGACAGAUGAGGGACAACAAAAGAAACAGAUGGUGAAGACAAGACAGACACAAGCAAGAGCAGUGGUUCUUAAGUCCAGUCCUCCAGGCCCACUGUCCUGCAUGUUUUGGAUGUUUCCUUGCUCCAACACACCUGAUUCAAAUGAUCAGCUCGUUAUCAAGCUCUGGAAUGGCUUACUAACGAGCUGAUCAUUUGAAUCAGGUGUGUUGGAGCAGGGAAACAUCCAAAACAUGCAGGACGGGGGGCCUCGAGGACUGGACUUGAGAACCACUGAGCUAGAAUGACAGUUCACCUUAAAAAAUAAAAUAAAAUAAAAAAUGUUAAAGAUGAAUGUCAAAUUUAAAAUAUAUAUCUAUAUAUAAAGAAUAACGUUACUGUACUGACUAGAAUCACCUUCAGGAAUAGACAGUUUAUCUUAAAGAUUUAAUGUUUAGAAUAAAUUCUCAAAGCACUGAAAUCCAUUCGGCUGGUUAAAAGAUUAUGGAGUUUUUUUUUUUUAUUACACCUACUGUAUAUGAUUGAUUAAAUGUCUAUAAGGUCAGUAUACAAAUGUGAUUUUUUUUCAGCAACAAUCAAGACACAAGAUAGCAUUGGUCCUUAUCGCCUUCUCCCCUUGCUUUACUUUCUACACUCUCUUCAAUACUUAUGAUGUACAUAAUCAUACUUAUUAUGUAUGUAAGAGAGCAGAGAACCCUUAGCAUCAGUGUCGCUGCAGCUGAUGGAUACUGCUUACCCUCUCGUUGCAUCAGCGUUACACACAGUCAUUCAGAUAGGUGGAUGACUUUAUAGAUGUUACUCACAGUGAAGCCCAGUGAUGCUGAAGCGAACGAGCCAAAAAUAACCAAGCUGCUGUCCUCAGUCUUUCCCCUUCUUUUUGUCUCAACCAAACACCAAGUGUCACCUGUCAGUCUGUUGCAGCAUUAAUAAUAGAGAGGUAGUCUGUAGUCCUGUUUUUCUGCCUGUGCCUGUUUUUGUUAGGUUGUUUAUUUGUUAUUCCGCCUGCUGAUGUGACCAAGAGAGAAAAAGAAUACAGAACUAGGACACUAAAGAUAUUGUUAUCUAUCAUAAGCAUGCUGUUGAUCAUUUUAUUCAUGCUCUGUUUGUCCCAUUAAUCUCCCUGACUCUCUCCCUCAGGACACGGUGUCAGUCCACCGGCCAGGCUUUUACGCCGAUAGGUUCUUCAAGUUCAUGAGCAACACGGUUUUCAGGAAGAGCUCCUGUGAGUUCACUUUACAGCGAGACACUGCCUUACAUAGUCAGACAGACAGGGCUGUGCGCGAAGACCAACAGAAGCACAUGUCAGAUGCCAGGCUUUUGUCUCUUUAAGCGCCAAGCCUUGACACGAAAAUCUGAUACUGCAGCAAACUGCCUUAUUAGGUGCUGCUUCAUGUCAUGUCAGAGGAAAAUCUUCUAUUUGAUCCUGGUGCAGAUUUCUUUGUCAUCACUCUCAGAGAAUCAUCAAAGACAAGUGAAGACUUCUUUUUUAACAAGGAGGCAAAAUGUUUUGGAUUUUAGCUCAGCCUUUUUACACCCUAGGGGGGCUUUUAUGAAUACAUUUCCAAUUAUCAUCAGGCUAAAUUAACCAUCUAUGACAGUAAUCCCCUCAAGAUUGCAUUUGUUAUGACAUGCAAAACAUAAACUUAAAGAAAAGAAAAUAAUUUUCAAAAUGCAGAACUUUUAGUGUUUUUUUAUUUGUUCACAAAAUAUCACCAAAUCACAUGUUCAUGCUUCCCAAAGAUAUUCAACUGUGUUCAUGUACAUCAUCCCUCAGCUCUGAAGUCAUCCCCAUCCAAGAAGGGCCGUGUGUCGUUGACGGUACCGAAGCUAACCGGCCCCGGUGCGGCCUGGUCAGCCAGCCAGCUCCCCUCUGAGAGAGACGAGAACAUCUAUGACCUGAGAGGAGCUCGCAGCUUUCCAACAUUGGAAGAUGAGGGUGAGAAACACUCCAACUAAAGAUAAUCAGACAAAGAUAAGAGAAAAAGGCGCGGGGUGAACCAAAAUGUAGCCUCUUGUCUGCCAUGGUGGUGGAUGAGUGGUUCAAGAGAUUUGACAGUAAGUGCAGGUAGAUGAGCUUAACUGUAAGUCUCUUCAGGUCACUGAAUCUCAGAUUAAAAUGCAGCUCAGGUCACUAAUAAAAUGGAGUGCAGCUUCUGCUCACAUAACACAAAAAUGUUUCACAGUCUCCUUUUUUUUUUCAACGUUAACACCGCUGAUUGUUCCAAGCUUGAUAAAUAAUAGGCUUUUAGCUGUUGCCAUUGGAAACAAAAAGCUCCAUCAUCAGAGCAGCACUUCAGAAACAGCGAAAUAAGAGCUGAAAACCAGAAAAUGAAUAGGCGCCAGCUCAAAGUUAAUAUAACUGUCGAGAAAAGUACCCCCUCUCACACUCUCUCUUUGUACCUCUCUCUCUCCCCCAGGGCGACCAGAUCUCCUCCCAUGCACUCCUCCAUCGUUUGAAGAGGCCACCACAGCCUCAAUUGCCACCACUCUCUCCUCUACCACCUCCCUUUCCAUACCCGAGAGAUCCCCCUCUGACACAGCCGAACAUCCCCGCUACAGGUGCUAACACCCGUGUCCACCCACUCAGACACGCACACACUCAGAGACACUGAAUUUAGACAAAUAAUUUGACUGAAAUCCUCAAAAUACAAUUCAGAAAAUGAAAGAAAACACAUGAUGACAUUGGUAGUUUUGAAUGUUUUAAAAGCAGCAGCAUUCUGCUGUGUGUGGAUCAGCUGCUGCAGUUGUCACUUACAGACUGUGCUGACACUGUGUCCUCUGUCUCCAGGAGGCACACCCAGUCUCUCAGCCAUGACGGGAGGUGAGUCAGAGGCAUGACUUCUACUUUUACUUCAUAAACCUUUCCAAGCAGGAAAAACUGUGUGUUUUCUCUCUGUUCUGAGGCGUCCAGCUUAAUGUUUUCACAGCGAGUAAACAUUUCAGGGUGUGGUGGGUGUGUACGAGAGGAAAUGUGAGGUCGACCUGUUGGUCAGUGUGUUUAUGAGUCGACCCAUUUUUCCUGUUGCUUAGCUGUGGCUGUGUUAGUUUUCCACAUGUGUUUCAUUUCCUGCGCCCGUGUUGUUUUAUGGGCGUUUGUUUAUAUGCAGGACCCAAGAGGAGCUGCGUGUACGUGAGGAGGAUCAGCAGACCAUCACAGUGGAGGUGGAGUUAAAGAGACCUGACAGUGAACCCACCAUCUCGGUGCCACAGCCUCCACCUGAAACCAGGUACACCAACAUCACUGCAGCACACUUUAACAUAAUCAUUCCCAAAUUUAAUCAUUUUUUACCCUAAGGCACAUUUAAAAAGGUACUAUCUAAAGUAUCUACUAAAUAAUGUGGUUAGGCAUGAAGGAGAUGAACGCAUUAGCUGUCAACAACACAGAUUUAAGGUUAGCCUCAAUACUGAAAUACUUACAUUUUUGACACUGCAGAUAUCAUUCAAGAUUGAAAAGUAUUCAAAUUAACAAUGUUCUUCUCUUUUUACCAGACCUUUAAAAACUCAUUAAAGUUGAAAAUAUACCAGUUGACCAAAUGGACCAUUAAUCAAAAGCAGAACAUAUGACUGUCUGUGACCUAGUUCACCUGUAAGCAGGUAUUCUUGAAACUAGCUUUUUUGUGCUUUUUGACCCUCUGGAUGCACACAAACAGAAUUUUAGGUCACUGAAAAUGGGAUUUUCAAAAAUAGGUGAAGAUUUUUAAAACUGUUGUCUCUGAAUGAGUGUGUGGACAGCAAAAAUAAUACUUUACAUAAACGCAGAUGUCAUUUCCUCAUCCUGCACAUGGCAGUAAUUUGUGCAUGCUCUGUGGGUCUGGGGAUGGAAAUUAGCCACCUGGCUAGAAUCUCAUGUAUUUACAUGUAAAUGUUCAUUUAUACGCAUUGUCCCAUCCAUCCAUUUUCUACCGCCUAUUCCUGUUCGAGGUCGCUGGAGCCUAUCCCAGCAUCAUCGGGCGAAGGCAGGGGACACCCUGGACAAGUUGCCAGUUCAUCAACAUAAACAACCAUCCACACUCACAUUCACACCUACGUGGCCAAUUAACCUAACCCCACUACAAACUCCACACAGAAACGCCCUGACCCAGAUUCAAACCCAGGACCUUCUUGCUGUGAGGCGACAGUGCUAACCGCUACACCACCGUGUCACCCAUGUAUUAUCCCUUUUUAAAUAAAUAAUAAAUGAAUCUCUAAUGAAUGCGCCAAGUUGGCAGGCAACCAAGAUCCAACAGCUCAGUACUCAGUUUAAUAUCAUGCUUGGAGUAAAUACUGUAGCUGUUCUUCAUCAUUUUAUCAAGAUGUUUGGGCAAAUUAAGAUAACAUGCUCAAUAGUCUUUAAUUCUCCACUCACACUCAAUACACAUGCACACAGUAUUCUUCUGUGAUGUUUGAUGUGAGAGACUGAUCGCACGUCGCAUCCUUAUGUAAACAUUUUCUUUUCUGUUGUGUGGACAGGAAACUAAAAAGUAUUUAUGACAAAAAGGUUCCUUUCUGCCAUGCAGCCCCAUUCCUAUGACCCUGAUUCUGGAUGGUGAAGCAGUGGAGCGUAAUGAGUCCUUCAUGACCCCAAUCAUCAAUAUGGCACAGUUUGACAGUACAUUAUAAAUAACCUGAGGCCAGUGUCUCACCUGGACUCAGCCGGCUGUUACCUUAGCGUACCUCUCGGCUUCACGUUAUCUGUAACCUGGCACACAUUGGGACACAAGUAGCAACCUGACCCAUUUGUUUAUUGGACUCGUGAGUCCCCCUGUAGUAGUUAAAUAAAUACUGCUGUCACUGAGUGGAGCAGAUAUCUUCUCUGCUUUAAUCAGGUUAUGAGAGAGUGCACACGUGCAUGUAAAUUCGUGUUGUGUGUAUGGACAGUGUGUUUCUUCUUUAAUGGGGUGACACAGGGUAGAGGGAGCCCUGACAGAGGGGGGGGGGACCAGCCUGUGGAAGUAGGGCAGUGGGGCGGAAAGACUUCAGGCCUGGGGCUUCCCCCUGUUAAGCUGGAGUGACCCGACAAUUUGCAUCUCAUAACCUUACUUUUGAUUAAAAUGAAUUUCUUUGGCAUUUCGGCUUCAUUUAAAAGUGAAACUGCUUCAGAAAAAAAUGAAACAGGAGAACCAAAACUCAACAUCUUUUAGAAAAACAAGUGGCAUAAACUUAAGGAAAUACACUGAAAUCAAGGGAGCUGAUCUGAAAUCAACCGUUCAGCUCACAUUUGUGCUGGGGUGAGGUCAGUAAGGAUCAGGAUGAUAUUAGUGAGGGAAACCAACUGAAUAAUAGAGUCUGAUGCUGAGAAGGCGUUGGCUAGACAUAUGGCCCGGGGGUCUGGAGGGAGCCGCCAGGGAGGAGAGAUGAGGGGGGGGAGUGGGAUGGUGAGAGAAGCUGAAACUGUGAUAGACGACUGAAUUUACCAUCUGACUGAGCCCAAUCCCUCGAGCUCGCUUGAGCUCAUCUACAGCUGGAGGUGAAAUAAGAGGGAUGGAGCAAAGAAAAUGAAAUGGAAGGACUGAAUGGAAGAGGUAAGGAGCAAAGAAAGUCGAGGGAAAGAUGAAACAGAUACAGAGAAGAGAAGAAGAGAGGCAAAAGAAAGAUGGAGAGACUGAUCAACAGAGAGGAAGAUGCAGAAUGUGUUUAGUCAUAAAAGGUAGAUUGAAAUUGCUGUGAAUGAAAGAGAGACGUUCUGCAUAGCAACCACCAUCCUAUCCCUCUCAUUUAUUCAUCCAGUCUCUUCUCUCAGAGAUGCCAACUCUCCUUUUCUUUUUUUCCUAAGCAGCCGACUGCAUUUCCUCUGGAGAAGCUAAGCCUGAACACAGAAGCUGAGAAAGCAAUGUGGAUGGGCCUCAAUCCAUCCUAAUAGUUGGUGAUCUGGCCAGGAACAAUAAAGGAUUGUGACAACGCACAGCCAGCUGGCCAAUCUUAGAGCUUAAGCAGCUAAACAGAAAAAGCCCCCCAACAGACACACACACACAGCUGUUGAAUUUCAGCCUGAACUUGUCGUCUCUAAUAGCCUGGUGCUGUUGCCCUGCCCGGCCGGCUUAUGUGAAGAGACCCAAUCAGUGGCUCUUAAUGUCAGCAGCAGCUGUUUUUGUUUAUGUGUGUAAGUGUAUGGGUUUAACAAGGUUGUUUACUUGUUAACUUAUUUUCUUAGAGCUGGCGUGGGCUAUCAUUUUUUGAUCAUUUACUUUUAUUUUCAUUAUUAUUUAUCAUUCAUUAUAUUAAUAUAUGUAUAUAAAUAGAUAGGUAUAUGCACACACACACAAUCAGUAUAUAGCGGUCUUUAUAAAGCUUCUGUAGUUUCCACUCUGAGUUAUCAGCAGCAGAUAUGGAUGUUUUAAUCGUUCAUCUAAUUGAUCAGCAUCACAUCUAGGGAUGCACCGAUCCGAUACUUAUUAUCUGUAUCGGUCCUAAUACUGAAGAAAAUUCUAGAUCUGGUAUCGUGACAAUGGGCCCAAUGCAUAGAGGCCAUAGGGGAUCUAUUUGGUCUAAUUCUAUGCUAUGCGCUGUGAGUGGCAUCCACAAGUAAACACACUGAGCAGAUGCCAACAUUGUUUUCAAAAUGGAGCAAGCAAAGGGGUCUGCUAUCUUGAACUUUAUCACAAUACUUAAGCCUACAAGCUUGACGGCCACUUGCAAUACCUGCGCAGUACAUGUACUGAGGAGCAGUGGUGAAACUUCAGGUUACAACAAAAGGUAAUUUAGUGCGGCUUUUCUGUAUCGGAAUUGGAUCGUAUCAGCGGAUACUAAACUGUAGAUAUCUGUAUCGUAUUGGAGGUGAAAAAGCGGAUUGGUGCAUCCCUAAUCACAUCAGCAUUGUCGUUCAUAAGGCAACACAGUGGCUGCUUAUUAAAUCCUAAACAACUACUAGCUUGAGUUUAAAGCUGCUGUGAGGAACUUUGUGACUACUCUGUUGCUGAUUUCAUCCUGUCCUUCUGAAAGUGGUGUCAAACAGAUGUCUGGAAGUCACCUCUAACAAUAUUUUACUGAGACAGAUUUUAUUUUGUCUGAGCCAAAGUUUUUUCUUUGUAAGCAUAAUAAAAUUCUUGUAUUUUAUCAAAUGCAAUUUAAAAAAAGGAGCAAUGUGAUAUCGGUCAUCAGCCUUUCUGCUCUCUCACAGUUGGCAUCAUGUGUGAAAAACUGGUAUUGAUUGAUCACUAAUCUGUACACGACUGGUAAAAAGAAAACAGGGAUUGCCAAAAGCCACGUUGGCAAAAAAUCAAACCUAUAAUAGUAAGAACAGGGAUCAUGUUGUAGCCCACAGUAUCACAGCAUCCACAGAAACAUCUCUUCUGUUUACAUGCCUCAACAGACUGUUUGGGAGAUGUAGUUUUCUUUCUUUUGUCUGAGAGGGCACACAGUGGCAGAUAAAGAAAAAAACAGUAGUUCUCACUAAGAAUCCCUCUUCUGCCUUCCUACAGUGAGGUUCAAGAAGCAGCCGAGGCCUCUGAUGCAGCUGCAGCAGCACCUCCCAGCCCUUCAUCAGCACCUGAAGCGUCUGCUGCCCCCGCCUCUGCUGCAGCCUCCUCUUCCUCCCCCUCCUCAACCGCCCCGCCUGAGCCUUCUUCUCCAGAAGCAGCUAAAGAGCCCCCGACCAGUCCCAAGGUGGUGGUGGAGGCAGACAGGGCCAGCCAGGUGUCCGGCUCUGGGUGCACCAGCCAGGCUUCAGUCGAUGAUGAAGAUGAUGUGCCAAUCACAGAUAUCUACUUUGUGAGUGAUCUUUCCAAAGUCAGAAAAUGAACAGACAUGAACAUCUGAAGAUUGUUAGAAUAUUUAUUUGAAGUCUAAAGUAACCAGAGCCCAAACUCAGCCUAGCUCCCAUAAUUUCUCACCUGUUUGAGUUUGCUUUUGUAUUCAAGCAAUUGAACCUUUUUAAUAUUUUGACCAUUUAAUCAAUGAGUAUUUAGUUUGAGAUGUACUUAUUUUAAAAAUAAUGUACUUUUAAAAAUAAGUCAAGGACUUUGCAUCUUGAUGCUCUCCCACAGAGGCGAAAAAGGACUGCAGAAAGAAAGUAGCACCUCAGGCUGGUAUGGAAACAAGCGCGUGUGCAGUUAUUGCUUGCAGUGUGUGGUGCAUUGAGUUAAAAGGGUACUUCAGCUUUUUUUUUUUUGGAAAAUAUGCAUGUUUGCUUUCUUGCAGAAAUGUUUGACAAGACUGGCAAUGCUUUCAUAUUCUGAAGGCAAAAUAUGAACCCAGCAGCUGGCUUAUCUGGAAUUGCACAAAGGGGUGAGAGCACAGAGAACCGUAUGCUGACUAUUUAUUUGCCAGUUGCGGGUUAAGCCAACUGCCCGCUGACUUUUUAUCAAUAAUUACCAAUAAUGCAAAUACGCAUAUUUCCCAAAAUGUCAAACUACUUCUUUGAACACAGCCUAUUGCAGUGUGCACCUUUGUGUGAGGUGAGUUUGACGAGUGAUGAUAGUAUAUCAGUCCAUCUAAUGAGGUCAUGGGCCGCCACAGCAUCAUUUAGUUUGAUAACAACUGAGGUUCAACAUGUUAGACCUCACUGAAACCAGCUAUCAGCAGACAGAGUUAUGCUGGCAGGUCUACGUGUGCGCACAUGCACACCUAUAAAUGAAUGUAUGAGUGUCAGGUGGAGGGUGGAGAGGGGAACCAGUGAUCACUGUUACUGAUAGAAAUGUUCCCACAUGACUGCACUCCUGCUGGGUGUCUCCUAUCAGGAAUCAAACACCUUCUAAUGCAGCAUGAGAAAACCUUAACGGUCAACAGGUUAGUCAAAGAGCUCCCUCAGAUAUUUAACAGCCCUCUCAUCUGACCAGCUCUGGCUGCCGCCCAGCUUCACCCAAAAGGAGGUUAAAAAAGAAAAAAAACACCUCAAGCACACAGCAGAGGGGAGUCUGUGGCACUGCGUGAGGUGAACGGAUCCUCAAGUUUGACUACACACAACUGUGCUGCAGGCCGUACAUGCACAAGCGGCUUUUAGUGGGACUGAAUAAAUAAAAGUUGCUUCAUCAGCUUUAAACACACUGUAAAAGAGAAAAAUCAGAUAGAAAAGCUGGACAUUUCUUGCAUUUAGAAUAAAGUUAGGUACAUUUGAAAAAAAGUAACCCUGCAUCUUCACUCAGUUUGGUUAUCUAUCCACUCAGUUAGCUAUCUCGCUAUCUGAUCAUCAUUUGUCUCCUCUUUCUGUUUGUCCUUUCUCCAUUUUAAUGAUUAUUUCUUUCACUUGAACAUCUCAUAGAAUUUAGGUUUCUGCAGGAUUACUCAGUUACUCUGUUUUCAUCUAUAAACACAUUUGUGCGUCUUUUGUCUGAUCACCACAGAAGCAGUGUCACUCUCAAGUAACAGGAGCUCUCUGAACGAGCGAUAUCUUUAGUUUUUUUUCACAGAGCAUUGUGAAGUUUGGUCAGUAAUUAUAUCAAAGUAUUUUUCAUUUAUAGACCAGAAGAAGCAAUGACUUAAAAUUAAUGGCAGCCUUUCUGCUGUAGAUUCACAAGAUCAAGUGGUGGUUGUCAUUGCCCUUUAACGCAGCACUGAAGUUUUUGUAGAGUAAAUGUUGAAUUUUUCUCUCCACUGCUACGAGUCAUAACAUGUACAAGAGAACAGUCAUGUAGGUGCGUUAAAAAAAAGACAGAGCUGGUUUAGUUUAGUUUUCAUAGUCAAUAGAAAAUCGAGCUCAGGUAGAGAGUAAGUUUUUUCUAUAAUCUGGAUGUAAACAGAUAAUCAAAUGUAAUGAUUUUAGCUCUUCACCUCUUUUGAGCAGAAGCUAGCUUUGGGAAUCAUUAAGAAACCGAAAAUCUAAAAUGGUAUCAGGACAACAACAAAACAAUCUGAAUUAUCUAAGCUUGCAUUUUGAUCAAUCUCCAAACUGUAAUUUCUGUAUAUCUCAGAAAAUUUGCUUUUAUAGUUUCGGUUUUUGAUUGAAACUAGAACUACCUGGGCUGUGGUGGGGUUUUACUUUUACAGAGAGCUCAGUAAUAAACAUAUUAUUUGAGUCCUUGUUCAUCAUCCUCAUCAGUUUUCAGUUUUGAAUAAGUUCCUUAUUAUAGUAUAUUAUAUUACACUAUAUCAUGUCAUGUCAAUCAUAUUAUAUUAUAUCAUAUUAUAUUAAAUUAUAUUAUAUUAUAUUAUAUUGUAUUAUAUUAUAUUAUAUUAUAUUAUAAUCUGUUGUAAAUGUACUAUACUUUGAGGACUGUUUUUCUUAACCCCCUCUGUGUCAUGAGAUGUAAAGAAGGCAAGUGGAAUUACACUUCUGACAUCUGAGAUAAUAGCAUAGACAACAGGGCACAUUAUUUACCCCUGAGAGUGGGAUAUUUGUUCACAACUUAGGGAGACCUCAGGUGUGUGAGUCUGUGUUUGCGACUGUGAGAGUGUGUUUAUCUUUGGUCUCUUCACACUUUCUUCAGAGUGGCUUUGGUCCAAAUUAUUUAGCCACACUCAUCAGUCCUCACUUUCCAUGGUUACCCCCACUUUUCCUCACCCCCCCAUGUAUUUUCUCAUUCCUAUCCUCUAUUGCAUCCUCUCCUCUCUUCUGUGAUUGUCCUAAUAAUAAAAUCUGAGAGAUAGUGAGGUGUGGAUACCUGCCAGACUUGUGUAUCUAUCUGUCACCACCACAGACACCAUUGAGUGUAUCUCUGCCGGGUUCUGCGAAUACCGCUCUUUUUUUAAUUUUCACCUCAGCAUGCUUCCUUUGUUUCAUCAUGUUCUCCUCAGUACCUCUUCACUUUACUUCAUCUUUGUGUUUGUUCCUGUUUUGUACACCCGUGUUGAUGUCAGUUUCCUGAUGGGAGGACCUGGGUGGUCUCUCCUUUUCCAGAGAGGAGGAAUUACGAGUCCAGUCAGCCAGUAAGUGAGAAGUGAGUUAGAUUAGUCAUGUGAGUGAUUGCUGUCCUGGUGUUAGAGUAGAUCAGUGCUACUUUGGUCCUGGCUUCAUGAAGCAGGUAAUGUAACAAGACUGUAUUCCAAUCCAGCAGCUUGUCGUGAAUCGUGUGAGUUGUUCAGAGCAGGUGUUUUGUGCAUAGGAGAUAAGAUCUACCUUCCUCAUUGUAAAGACACUGAUGUGUGGAAGGAGAGUAAACAAAGAGCUGCGUAUAUGACAGUCUGUCUGUUUACUCUUGGUUCAAAACUCUGUUUCCUCACACGCUAACAGCCAGCCUUAUCCCUCUUUGCAUCUGUGUGGAAAGCUGUGUUAGCUCCAACAUGCUGAGAUUUGUGUGUGCAUAUAUGUGUGCGAGUGAGUGUCAACAACCCACAUCUCCAUCACCACAGCCAAGGAGCACCAUGCUGCAGCUGUUCCCCUCCUUUUUUAAAGGGCCAGUACUUUAAGCAACAUGCAACCCACCCAGGCUUUUACAGACAUUAUGCUAAGACUUCUUUCGCUUCUGGUGUUGGAAAAAGAAAAAAAAGAUCCCCUUGCUGUGUUUUGCUUUGACUGAGGAUGCUCUCUGUCAAACUUUCCCAGCAUCCUGGCUAUCCUCCCAUUCCCACUUCCUCCUGCCUGCUCCUCAUCUUACCUGUUUGGCUGAUGCAGCGGCUCAUCCCUUGCUUUGUGCACUCCACUCCUUGUCCCAGGAUCAAGUCCUUAUGGGGCAAAAAAAAAAAAAAAAUAAGACAUACGCUGUAAUCAAAAGUCUGUAAAAAACAAUCAUGAUGUUUACAUACUCAACUGCACCUCUUUGUAUAGAUUCAACCUAUUACUUACAGUAAUUCUCAUCUCUAUGUUCAAGUCUUCUAACCACCAAAAGGAUUAACACAUCCUUUUUAACACUUUUAACAUUUUUACACUUUUUGAUUCACACUCUCCGAUGUCUCUCAGCAACAUUUCCUCCUAUAUGCAUCCCUAAUUUUCAUUUCCUGUCUUGUCUUUUCUUCUCCUGUGAUCUCCUGUGUCGUUCUCCUGCCUGCCCCUGCUGCUUGUCUCUGUGCCUCUGGCCUUUCCUCUGUCCCCCUCUGCUGUGGUGGGUGUGUAAAAACAGCCUCCAGAGGACAGGACCUGGGUGUACUCUCCGCUACACUAUGGCUCAGAGUCUAAGGCCCUGCCAGAUGGGGAUUGGGAAGGAGAGACAGUAAGUGAGAAGCAUCGGACUGAACUAUCAAGUGCAGGAAAAUUUGUAGAUGAUUAGAAUCAGCUGAUUCUCUUUACUCAAUUUAAUAAGUGCAGAAAGGAUUAGCUAACUUUCAAUGUUUUAGACCUUGUGAGAAGAUGUACAAAGAUUCAAAUACUCCAUGAUCACUCCAGGAGAAAGCUUGCUACGCAUCCAGAAACCCACGCCUACAUUACUGCAUUCAUUCCUCAUUACUAAAGGGUGGAAAUGGUCACUCGCAGUUUGUGUGACCAUUUAGUCCACGACCAGCCAUCGUGUGUCCCUCCAGCAACAAGCCGCUCAGUAUUUACUGCAUCACAUUACUACAUCAGCCUGCCUGAAGCCAUUACGCUGGAGCAUCACUAGAUCCUACGACUCAAGCUGCAUUUGUUUACAACAAAGAUAAUCACAUUAAACUCAGCGAGUGGUCAUGUUACAGAGCAUGGAUGUAAUUAUAUUGAAUCUUGAGCAUUGUGGGUAAGUUUUUCAGUUCAAUAUUAUUGAUAUUUUGUAGCUUUUUUUGGAUGACAGAAGGCUGUUUCACUGUUUCCACACAAAAAAACAUACUUUAUAUCAAGUUAUCUCAUUUUAGAGGUCAGGUAAAUCUGAAAUAUUAGACAUUUAUAAUGUAAUACCAGUGGACCUUGACAGCAAAACCAUUUAAAAAGAGUUGUUAACUGGCUGCUCGUCUGUUAAGUUCAGUUGUUAGCAUUUUCCAGCACUCUAUUGUAUGCCUGUUGACUUUUAUACCUGCUCACUUCAUUUCUCUUUUAUUUGUUUAGAUUUCGGACGCACCUUCACAUUGGAGAUGCUCAAGCUAAAUUUUUUUGCCCACAUUUUGUUUAUAUGGUGAAUAGUUUGAACUGCCAUGUAUUACAAAGAUGUAAAGAAAACUUAAAAUUACAAAUACAAAAAAUUAAACUUCUUUAUGUACACUUGCCUCGACUUAACUGUAAUGCUGAAAGUAAGUGGCUUUUGACCUUCUGUCUUCUUCGGGUUAAAUAGUUCUUCAAUCCAGACACCUUUAUACUUUGUGAAACAUUUGCCUCUCUGGUACAAGAAAGCUUUUCAUUCAACUCAAAUUCAAGCAGACACACAAGAAGCAAGUAAAAUAAGAAGAGGCAAUUGAACCAGCCAGUAUGUAACCCCUAAGCAAUCAUUAUACCAGGUGUGUGUGUGUGAGCUUUGUGCAGUAUAUUUUUGCAGGCUUCACUUUUCUUCUCUCUCGCCUUUCUUCAAAGACUCCUCUAUGAGUUAACUCACUGUUUCACGAUUAUUAGGAAGGGAUGCAUGAGAAAACACCCACUUAACAACAUGGGGGUUUCAAAAUUAUUUGCUGUAUGCACUGUAGGUCUAAUUCUUUUACUUUGCUGUCUGUUUGUCUAUCUCCAACAGUAAACCCUGUUCUCUGGCAGAGAGGAGUGGAUUUGUCAGUGAGGGGAGGACUCUGCAGUGUGAAGUCAAAAGCUCAGCAGUAGCAGCAGGAUCUCUGCCUGAACCAGGAUUUUAAACAUGCAUACAGAAACUGAACACAAUGUGGGGAAAAGAGACUUUGACGACCAGAGAGGGAAAAAAAACUGUCAGUGAAGACAUCAUGGAAUUUCCAACCAUCCCUGCCUUUCACCCUUGACAAAUGAAAAUGAUCAGUUUCAAUAUGAUGUGUAUGCGUGACACACUCUAGUGCAUAUACACGUUGUCUUGUUUUACAUACUUAGGAGACCAUAGUAACUUACUGUGCCUGUGAAGAGUAUUCAUCCCCUUUGAAGUUUUCCUGUUUUCUUGUCUUUCCACACUGACAGAUCCAAUCUGGCUUUAAGAUAAGAGAAAAAUAUAAAUGAGAAAUUAUUGUUAAAAAAAAAAAAAAAAAAAGAAAGAGAUACUUUAUUCAUAACAACCAAAUUUUACAAAUGAAUAACUUGUUUUGGGGGGAAGUAAGUGAUUCUUUUUGUCAUCGUAAUGUAUACCCAGAGACAAAGGAAAGACUUUUAAAACAAUGCAAAAGAUUUGGGAGGGAGAAAAAAAGUGAAAAUUAAGAAAGUAAAAUGGGGAUGGAAAAAUUGAUAAAUGUUUUAUGAUUUCAUCAACAAGGAAGAGGGAUAUUGUUUUGAUGUGGUCUUUUUGAAUUUAAUUACAUCUACUAGGACAAUGAAACGUAACCUUUAAGUAAGGUGAGGACCAUCUCCAGGCAGAGUCCAUUAUUAUAAGUACAUGUAGCUCAUACAGCUCAGCCCUCAACCAUUUCCCACAGACCCACUCACUCCUGCAAAGCAGCACACUUCAAUUUGCUUGUAAGAGUGAGUGGGCUAAACCGCGUUAUUACAGGGUUUUGUUUCCUUUCAGAAAAUCAGACUUGGAUUAAAAACCAUCACAUGGUCAAUUAAAAUCACCUAGACUCCCAUCAUCUUCACAUUAUUGCCGUUCGAGUCACUAAGUGGAGAACUGAACACCGAAUUUACUUUAGAAAUCACCUACAGCAAACUGAAUUUGUUUGGUUUUGUUCAUAGCACGAUUAUUUAUUUGUAUACAAACUUUUUUUAGUUAUUUUCUUCAGCUAUUUUACCACUGUGAGCUUUUAUUUAUGUCCUCCUUUAUUGUUCUAAUCUUCACUGUCAGUGGUAACUUUUUUCACCCUGAAACGCUUAAAUGCUUUUUUGUUUGCAUCCAAAGACCUCUGUUUUGAUCAUUUCAUCACUGCAGCUUUUGCCAGAUUCCCGAUUUUAUACGUGUUAAUUGUAUGAAUUCAGUGUUAUAACUUUUAUCUCUACAUCGCUUGUGGAAAUGUCUGAGGCUUUUUAAAAAAAAAAAAAGGGUUUCCAUUGUAACACUUAGGCAGCAGGUAUUGUCAGCCAUUAUGGUAAUAUUCAUAUCAUCAUAGUGUCUUCCAUUGCUGCCCCAUUUCUUGACAGAUUGACUUGAAUCAUUUGUUACAAAAGUGUUUAAUACUUUCAUUUUUACAUAGAUGGAAAAAUAAUCAGCAUAUCAGUGAUACUUGAUACCAUAAAUAUCUGGUCCCCCUCACCUCUUAAUAAUAAAAAUCUACUGACUGGACAUUUGAAAUGUUUGUAGACAUAGAGCAUCAGUGUAGAAACUACAGUCAAUAUUGUACCUGUUAUCUGUAUGUUUGAAUGAACACAGUAAGUUGAGGUGCUGACAUGGUGAGGCACCGCAGUUUGUGAAUCGACCGAAUGUUGUUUGCACUUAUCAAGUGGACCUGAAGAUGAACAAGUGAUAGAGGCCAAAUAAACAUACAUCACAUCAUCUUCAUUUCUGCUCUCACAGGCUGACCUUUAGACGGCAUUUAUGUUAUGAUUAUCAAGUGUGUGUGUGUUUGUGAAGUCAAUCACAGUCAUCGUAGUGUUUACUGUAGUCUCUCUGUGACAGACAUCAUAGGACUCGCAAGUUAAACUUUAGUUCAAGUUCAACAGACUACGUUUUUAUAAUCUAGCUUCAGAAACAGUUCCUUUGGUUGGUUGAUUCGUUUCAAUCUAUGUGUGUGUUUAAGGAAGGGCACAUCAAUACAAGAUAUUAUUGAAUAGGAAUCAGUUCAUUAUGAUAAUGUGCAGUGGCCAGUUCUAAGUUUGCUGUUGUUCAUCAGAUGGAGACCAUAGCAGCAAUAUUUUGUACAGUAUAGCUUUUAAGUUCAAUGUUAUUGCCUUAUUAAAAAGUUUUACAUGUAGGCCUAUGAUUUAUAUUUGUUUUUCACUUGUGUUGUUGUAUUUAUUUUACUUUCUCAUAGUUGUGCUCGAGAGAAUGUGUACAUAAAAUUAUAAAUACAUAUAUAAAGAUAUACAAAUAUAUUUUCCAUUUGAAUCGGAGAAUAUUAUUUUUAUUUGGUUUUAUUUUUGCUGCUGGGCAAGAUAUGAUUGCAAUCAACAUAAUUUACUGUACCAUAUUCUUCUGUGUGAAAUGAGAUGCAGCUGCUGUAUAUUUACGGUCUAUAAACCACAGUUGUUUCUUUGUAAGAUAUCCAAAAUUCAAAGAUUUGUGGGUUUUACUGUACAUGCAAAUCAAUAGGGAUUCUUCCAACUGUUCCAGCUGUGUUGUGUAUGUGUUUUCAAAUCGCUGUGUGCCCUUACCCAAUAGGGGGAGUCCUUGACAGAGACAAAGCAUGAUUUCAAAAUGAAUAUGCAUAUCAGAAAUGUGUAUUUAUGUAUAUCUGUGUAUAUGCAUCUAUUUAUACCUGAGGUUAAAUAGAUGGCCGUGUGUGUGUGCGUGUUUGGACUCAAUCAGAAUGACGUAAAAUAAAGCAGUUCUAUGAAUUGUUGUCCAUCCAGGAAUUUUUUUUUAUGGAUUUCUUGUUUCUAAUCAGGCUUUUAAUGUACAAUAGUGCAGGGCUGUUGAACAAGUCAACAAGAGUCUGUGAUUAACAGUUUUGACUGCAUUUUGAUGAGAGGGAUUAAUCAGUGUAGUCAUGGGUAAGUAUCAAAUAUAGUACAAAUGCAAACUGUUUUUAGUAUUUUCUUUCACUGUAUGUUAUAUUAAAUAUCAUGUAAGAAUCACAUUUGUGCACCAUUUGCAUCAAAAUAUAUUUGUAAAUUUGAUCAAAUUAAAUAUAUUGCCUAAAAAUGUUUCAUAUACCUCUAAAUCUCAAGGACUUUUGUCGCUUAGCCAGGGCCGGCUCUGCCUAAAUUUGUGCCCUAGGCAAGAUUACCCCCCCCCCCCCCCAACAGCAAAAAGUUAAGGUAAGUAAUGAGAGCAGCCAAAACAACAAUAACAACGGUCAAAACAAUCACAACUUUCAGGUAAAUCUUUCCAGCGUGUCUUUCAUUUUAACUCUAUAUUUUUAUUGUUUUUAUUUUUUUAUGUAUUUUUCCUCAAGGCCAAUGGUGUCUGAGAGCGCCCCUCCAGCAGAUGGCGCCCUAGGUGACUGCAUGUAUCGCCAUGCAAAUAGCACAAGCAUUUAAAAAAAUUUAAUGAUGACAAAACUGGUUGACAAAUUAACAAUGAAGAGCAUCAUGAAUCAGAUUCAAUUAAAUCAGGUGUUGCGAAAUAAAGAUGCAACUAUGCCGUACAAUGUUUUGGUGUUUCUAUUGAUGUUAUGUGAUUUAUUAUUUUUGUAUCUUUAUCUUUUAUAUUUUACCUCUAUCUUAUUUCGCUUUUACUGUCUUUUUAGCUUUUUUU